GCCGUGAGUUCAAAUGCCAGGAAUCCAUCAAACCAGAGCUAACUUGGAAGCCGUCCGGGAAACUUUGGCCGCCGCUUGGAAAGCAUGCAACGGCACUCCUUUCCCGGAAAAUUGCGUUAAAAGAGGGGUGGGAGCCGCAGGAAGUCCCACCCCUGCCCCUAGACGAAUCCCCUCCGAAAAGCUUGGCGCAUUUGCGCGGAGGUUUGCUCCGGAUCCGAGGACGCCUUCGGGAAAGGACUGGAGAUGCGCGUCUGAAGGAGACUCCGCCCAAGAGGAGCGCAGGCUGGCGACCUUCCCUUUUGCGCCUUUGCGCGGCGGCACUUUCGCUUCCAAGGCUAUUCCCUCCCCGCGCGGCGCGUCAUCCCCGACGAGGAGCCCGUGGGACGGCGCGGGGCGAGCACCUGGAGGCUGCCGGGCCCCUCCUCCCCUGGCCGGGGAAGGGCGUCCCUCCGGCGUGCUGGCUGGCUGGAGCGCCACAAAGCGGGGAGCUCGCCGGCCGGCUGGUGGGGAGAGCGAGCGCGGAUUCUUGCUUGGCGCGCCUGGAGACCCGGGACUCGAGCAUGGCUUUUGGCAAGAGUCAGAAGGAUCCCUUCGGCACAGCCGUUGGGCAUCUGAUCGGUAAGAAGCGGCAUCUUUCCCCCCUUUGCCUCCCCUCACUGCCAGCCCGUGGGUGGCUGCCCCUGUACUGAGCGGAGCGCCAAACUUUCCCAAGGCACCGUCCCAUUUUCAGACGGGAAGGGCGGGCAGCCGCGCGGUAGCGGAGGCAGCCUUUGCGCGCCGAAGGGCUCAGGUGGCGUCUCCAGGUCUGGAGCCGUUGGGGAGACGCUACCUGCCAGUGCCUGAAGUACUAAGCUAGCCUUGCCAGUGGUGUGGUUCGGGGCGAGACAGCGUUCCUAUAUGGAUGUAGGCGGAGAGGGAAAGGAUAGUUUCUGCUGCCCUUCCGAGUUCUGGAAACCUAACAGGCUUCUGGGUCAGCGGGGCAGGUAAGGGGAUAUUCAGCUCUGUGUUUAAUGUUUUUGCACCCCCUCCUAGUGGGCUUAACCAGGAUUUAUGUUGGGGGGCAGGCUUUAUUUUAGAGGUUCCGGACCUCAGUUAAGUAUUUUUAUUGAUGGGGGGGGCAAUUGCCCCCCUUGGCUACACCCAUGCCCCCCUCCUGUAGAUGGAAUUGUGUAUUACCUGCCUGGCUAGAUGGCUUUUGGCGUUUCCUUCGGAUUCUGCUUCAAAUCUGAUAGGCCAACUUUGUUGUAUUUUUUUAUUGGGUGGUGAUGUCUUCUGCUCAUUUUGCUGAGCUGGUCUCCUGGACUCCUGCCUCAAAGUCCUACUUUAAUGGCACUGCUGUACUGGGUGAUACACUCGGUUAAACUACAGUACUGUGGUUUUUCAGCUCCUCCAGGCCCAUAGAAACCCAAGAGCUAAACCAGCUACUCUUGCCCCUCUAGGGGGUUCCAAUUCCAGGUCCCUAACCAAUUUGUUUGUUGUUGCCGUGCCAACUAGUCUCCUCCCACCCACUGUGGGAGCUGUCCCAUGAGCAAAUAUCAAGCAGCUGCAUUUUAUUUAUUGCUAUUACUUUUCAGAAAAUUUAUAUGCCGCUCAAUUGUAAAGGAAAAACAAGAGCAACCCACCUUAAAGUGAUUUACAGAAAAGAACAGAACCAUGACAUUAUCAGCAAAAACUGAUAUUUGAAACAUUCAAACGCAAUUAAAACCAACCAUAAGCUAAAAAAUACUGAUUAAAAUGUAUGUGUUGUUAUUGAUGAACACUGUAUCUUGAUGCCAAGAUAAGAUUCGCCUGCUGAAAUUUUGAUCAGGGGAGGCAGAAAAGCCUCACCAGGAAAGAAAGAGAAAUCUUGAUAGCCUUAUCUCUGUUUUGGAGGUCAGACAUCACUAAGCUUUAGUCAGCCACAGAGGAUCAGAAGGUCUCCUUGUUUGGCUCCAGCGAAACAAAACACCACCCAGGUUGCUGUUUGUUCAGAAUAUUUCUUAACAAUCCAUCAUCAAUAGAAGCCAAGCUGGUGUGUGCACUGCUUUCACACAAUGUAUAAAUGCUGUGUAAAGUUGACAGGCGAGCUUUACUGCAUCAGAACACAAUAAAGCGAAAAGCAGAAUGGGACCCGAUCCCAACAACCCCCUACAGACUGAAGUGCCAGGGCAAGUAGAAAAGUGUUUUGACUUUUCUGAUACCUGCGGACUGCAGUUCCCAGCCAUGGGGCGCUUUUUACUCAUGCUUUUCUUAGCCACUCUGUGUGACAAGUGUGGAGGCUGGAAAAUGUGGCGGAUUCCCUGCCAUUGUUAGACAUGUGUGCCUUUCCUUUGAACCAGUGUUCAAAAUUAGCCAGGCGCCAGGCGCGUUUUGUGACUGGCGCGGGUCCAUUUGCUACCACAUUAAGUUGGCGACAGACAUCCCCAUCUGGCUGGCCCCUCCUCAGUUAACCUCUACAACGACCCUGCGAGGUAGGUGAAGGGGCGGUGACUGGCCCAAGGUCACCCAGUGAGCUUCAUGAUGGAGUGUGGAUUUGAACCCUGAUCUCCCGGGUCUUAGUCCAACGCUCUAACCACUUCACCAUGCUGCCUUCCUUGAGUUCUUCUGCUAUAUCAAUUAAGUAGGCAGAUAAAUAUGGGGAAAGCAAAAUGUCACUUAGAGAAGGAUCUGAAAUAUUUUCCUUGAAGCUUGAGUUUGUCUUAUUCUGGAUUGCUUUAUUUGAUGUUUUGAUGUGUUGUGAACCGCUUUGAGAUUUCUUUCUUUACUAUAUAAAGUAGUAUACUGUAGAAAUGAAAUGAACAAAAAUAGUAAUAACAAUAAUAGCUCUCAUUGGGGAUGGGGGAUGGCAUCUAGACUGUUGUGGUGACCAUAACCUAAGGUUUAAGCUGCCAUUUGGCAAUUAGCUUAUACAGUGGUACCUCGAGUUACAAACACUUCGGGUUACAGACUCCGCUAACCUGGAAGUAAUACAGUGGUACCUCUGGUUGCGAACGGGAUCCGUUCCGGAGGCCCAUUCGCAACAUGAAAAGUCCGCAACCUGAAGCGCUGUAUCUGCGCAGGUGCGCAGCACGAUUUGGCGCUUGUGCGCAUGCGUGAAGCGUGAUUUAGUGCAUCUGCGCAUGCGCAAGCUGCGAAACCCGGAAGUAACCCUUUCCGGUAUUUUUGGGUCGCCGCGGGACACAACCUGAAAAAAGUAACAUGAAGCAAACGUAACAUGAGGUAUGACUGUACUGUACCUUGGGUUAAGAACUUUACCUCAGGAUUAGAACAGAAAUCACGCAGCGGAAGCGGGAGGCCCCAUUAGCUAAAGUGGAACCUCAGGUUAAGAACGGUUUCAGGUUAAGAACGGACCUCCGGAACGAAUUAAGUUCAUAACCAGAGGUACCACUGUAUAUCUGAGUUCCUAACACUGCUUAGGAACCCCUCUCACCUUCUCUCCCUCAGGAACAAGGGAGGAAUAAAAGUUCUACAUCAGGAAUGCCUCCUCUUCUUCAAGAGGCUGCUGGAGAGGCAGAGUUGCAGGGGCUGCCCCCAGGAGACAUCAACUCCAGCCUCCAAGGAGCACACCGCUGCAGCAGCGGGUCAGCGGGUGAUGCAUUCUUUGGAGGCCAGAUCUGCUGCCCCUGUGGAUUCUGCCUCCCGAGGCAGCAACCCCACCUUGCCUUAUGGGUGGGCCAGCUGUGCUUCCUUAACACUGUUGACUUCCAGUUAAGAGCUCGGAAUCCAUCCGUCAAUUCCCCCUUUCCCAAGCCUGUGCGCCUCUCUUCCCUUCAUUUGGAGCGACUGCAGCCCACGUUCCCUGCUGCCGUGCUCAAAAUAAUGAAUGUUUUGCAUCUUGGAAUUCCCCGCUUCACUCAGACACAUGUGUUGAGUUGGGGGUGGAGGGAAAUGCAUUCCUUUAGCUGCUCUGGAUUGUGAGGAUGACGGGAGUGGUUGGAGACUCGCUAACGGAGUGACUCAUCAAGGUUUAAGUGAUGCUAGUCAGUUUCAGUCCAUUCUCCCCAGAAAAAAAGAGUGAGUUUUCCCCUUGUACAGUGGUACCUCGGGUUACAGACGCUUCAGGUUACAGACACUUCAGGUUACAGACUUCGCUAACCCAGAAAUAGUACCUCGGGUUAAGAACUUUGCUUCAAGAUGAGAACAGAAAUGGUGCAGCGGCGGCGCAGUAGCAGCAGCAGGCCCCAUUAGCUAAAGCGGUACCUCAGGUUAAGAACGGGUUCAGGUUAAUAAUGGACCUCCAGAACAAAUUAACUUCUUAACCCAAGGUACCACAGUAUUAUAUCAGGGAUGUGGAACUUCUGGCACUCCAGAUGUUGUUAGGGCUAGAGCUGGGCGAUAUACGGGUAAAUUGUCUGAAACCGGUAUGCUGUUCAGGUAGCGAUACUGGUUUCAGACAUUUGGAGCUCAAAUUGCCUGCAGAAGGCAAAGGUACAGGCAGAUGGAGCCUGAGAAGGCAAAGGUAAAAAGGUAAAGGACCCCUGGAUGGUUCAGUCCAUUCAAAGGCGACUAUGGGAUUGCGGCGCUCAUCUCGCUUUCAGGCCGAGGGAGUCGGUGUUUGUCCACAGACAGCUUUCCGGGUCAUUUGGCCAGCAUGACUAAACCGCUUCUGGCGCAACGGAACACUGUGAGCGCACGGAAACAUCAUUUACCUUCCCACCACAGUAGUACCUAUUUAUCUACUUGCACUGGUGUGCUUUCGAACUACUAGGUUGGCAGGAGCUGGGACAGAGCAACAGGAGCUCACCUCAUCGCAGGGAUUCAAACCGCCGACCUUCUGAUCGGCAAGUACCUUCUCCGGCUCUGCCUGCUUGCCUGCACCAUUGAGGAAGCCCUGAUGCUCCUCCGGCUUGUGCAAGCUGGAGCAGAAUUGGUGCUUGCUUAGCUGAGGAGCAAGAGGCCUUCCGUCUCCCAGUUGAGCAGUUCAACAAAGCCCCAAUGCCCCUCCUGCUCACAUGAGCUGAAGUUAUACAGGCUUGCUUGUAGGGCUGGGCAAUGUAUCUUGGCUUCUUCUAAGGUGGGGAGGAAGAAGCAGGCGAUAUACAGACAUUGUGAAACAUCAGCAUGUUGUGGUACAGUCAUACCUUGGAUCCUAAACACCUUGCAACUUGAACGUUUUGGCUCCUGAACGCUGCAAACCCGGAAGUGAGUGUUCCAGUUUGCGAAUGUUCUGUGGAACCCAAAGGUCCAAUGCAGCUUCCGUGGCUUCCGAUUGGCUGCAGGAGGUACCUGCAACCAAUCGGAAGCUGCACCUUGGUUUCCGAACGUUUUGAAAGUCGAAUGGAAUUCUGGAACGGAUUCCGUUUGACUUCCGAGGUACCACUGUAUUUAGCUGUUGAUAUAAAAGGUAACUCCUGCCAACCUAGCAGUUCGAAAGCACGUCAGAGUGCAAGUAGAUAAAUAGGUACCGCUCCGGCGGGAAGGUAAACGGCGUUUCCGUGCGCUGCUCUGGUUCGCCAGAAGCGGCUUAGUCAUGCUGGCCACAUGACCCGGAAGCUGUACGCUGGCUCCCUCGGCCAAUAAAGCGAGAUGAGCACCACAACCCCAGAGUCGGCCACGACUCGACCUAAUGGUCAGGGGUCUCUUUACCUUUACCUUUAUAAAAGGUAAAGACUGAUGUAUCACAAUCUCUGUCAUAGGAAGGGGGGCAGGGGAGCGCAGCGCCCCAGGUACCAUGUGGGUAAAGGGUGCCAUCGCGGCCACCCCCCUCGGGAUGCGCAACCCCGGGACACUUGCCACACCCCCACAGGUGAUGCGCCACACCCCCGGGAUGCGCGUCAGCCACGCCCACGCCUGUUCUCCACUCCGGGGGCUGCAGCCUGUUGCUCCACCACUGAUCAAAUGCUGAAAAACAGAUCUCGCCCAGCCCUAGUUAAGGCUGAUGUGUGACAUUUAGAGGUCAUCUGUGACUGGUUCCCCAUCCCUGUAUUAACAGAGGCAAAGGUGGACAGAGUUUCAGUGCCUUUAGGCAGAGGAGGAAGUUUCAGCGAGGGCAGCUAAUGUCACCUUUGCAGGAUAAACAUCACUUGCUAACAUUCCUACUUUGCCUAACAGUUAUUAAUAAAGUUGCAGAAGUCUGGUCCUCCCUUGCAACAGGUCAGCUCAUCCUUCCACAAACUGAUGCCCUCUACAGUAGUACGUUUGGUUAAGAACUUAAUUCGUUCUCGAGGUCCGUUCUUAACCCGAAACUGUUCUUAACCUGAGGUACCACUUUAGCUAAUGGGGCCUCCCGCUGCCGCCACGCGAUUUCUGUUCUCAUCCUGAGGUAAAGUUCUUAACCUGAGGUACUACUUCCGGGUUAGCAGAGUCUGUAACCUGAAGCGUUUGUAACCUGAAGUGUUUUUAACCCGAGGUACCACUGUAGAUGUUUUUGACUACCACAGCCCCUGUCAGCUGCAGCCAGUAAGCUGAGUGGUAGCCAAAAUACCUGGAGAGCACCAGGUUGGGGGAAGAUUGUUCUAGCCCUAAGUCUUUGUUUGCUGAUAUCCAGUAAGCCACUUUCAAAGCAUUUCAUAGAAUCAGAAUGCUGGAACUGGAUAUCCUAGGUGUUUCCUGACAUUGGCUAACUGGUUUCUUGUUUCUUUUCUUUUUUUAUAAAGGAAGGAGAUUUAAGACUCAGGGUACUUCAGAGGGAAUGACCAUUUUAAAUCAAAACUCUUUAUGCCAGUCAUUUGAAACAACCAAAGUUAUAUUUCCUGUUUGUUAGGUGUCUGUAUACAGUGGUACCUCAGGUUAGGUACUUAAUUCUUUCCAGAGGUCUGUACUUAACCUGAAACUGUUCUUAACCUGAAGCACCACUUUAGCUAAUGGGGCCUCCUGCUGCUGUUGCGCCACCAGAGCACGAUUUCUGUUCUCAUCCUGAAGCAAAGUACUUAACCCGAGGUAAUAUUUUUGGGUUAGCGGAGUCUGUAACCUGAAGUCUAUGUAACCUGAAGCGUAUGUAACCUGGGGUACCACUGUAGUGUCUGCAUAGCUAUUUUGGAUGGGAAGAGGUAUAAAUAAUAAAAUUAUUAUUACUAUUAUUAUUACUCUUUACUGGAAGUAAAUCUUUGUCUUUGCAGAAAAGGCUACUUUUGGAGCACUGCAGACAGAAGAGUGGGGUCAGUUCAUGCACAUCUGUGAUAUUAUCAACACAACUGAGGAAGGGUAAGCUGGUUCCUGUUCUGCAGAAUUCUCAUGGAAUUUGGUCUUGCUGAUAAGACAUAUUGGCCUUCCGUGUUAAAAGUCUAAUCCUGUUUGUAUGACGAUAAAGGCACUCCAUACCCCGGUAUAAACCCUUUGUCCUCUGUUGUGCAUGUGUAAUUUUACAAUUCGCUCAUCUAGAAAGCCACAUGUGAAGGCAGUAGGGAAUCUGAUUUCAAUACGUAUUUGUCGAUACUUUUACAUCUCAAGUUCAUGUUUACCGAUGCAUGUUUGUUUAUUUAAUGAAAUUUAUAUGCUGUUUGAGCGUAGCGGUUUUUAGAGUUGCUGACUUUCAAACAGUCCCUAUAGCUGUGCCUUUAACUGAAGCGUGAACAACAGCAGUUACACAGGGGGCGUGUUUAUCGCCAUGCUGUCAAAAGCUUUGCCUGUGAAUUCCUAUUAAAGGCACAGCUACAAAGGCUGGUUUAAAAGUUGGCAACGGUACUGCAUAUGCAUCUUUAAAACAUGACCCAUGAAGCAACCCUAGAAUGUCUGGUUCAUGACUGUGUGCAGUAGGUAAUGAAGAAGAAGAAGAAGAAGAGUUUGGAUUUGAUAUCCCGCCUUUCACUCCCUUUAAGGAGUCUCAAAGCGGCUAACAUUCUCCUUUCCCUUCCUCCCCCACAACAAACACUCUGUGAGGUGAGUGGGGCUGAGAGACUUCAGAGAAGUGUGACUGGCCCAAGGUCACCCAGCAGCUGCAUGUGGAGGAGCGGAGACGCGAACCCGGUUCCCCAGAUUAGGAGUCUACCGCUCUUAACCACUACACCACACUGGCUCUGUUAGGACCUUGGUUGAAAGUGAGAUGAGUGCCACAACCCCAUAGUUGCCUUUGACUGGACUUAACCGUCCAGGGGUCUUUUACCUUUACCUUUGUUUCUCUCACCUGAAUGGGUCUAUCUGCCAGCAACUUCUAACGUCAAAUUGGGAGGUGCUCUUGAAACUUAAUGCAAUCAAGUAGAGAAACUACAGAAUUUAGAGAUGGGAUCAAGACUGCAAUAAUGGGAGGCCCAUUGGUUCUGCUAAAAUCCAUGGGAUCCUUAUUAUGAAAAGGGAGCGUGUAAGUGCCUUUUUUAAAAACAAAAGAAAGAAUUCUAAAAGUUCAGUUUCUUUGCCUGGGGGUGGAGAGGAGGACUGUGUUUUUUUCUGACCCCCCCCCCCAGCCUUCACAUCUCUAUGAGCAGCUAUGCUGCGUGAUAAAGGAAGGGAUCAUCACAGUUGCAAUAUUCACAUGGGGCAAGCCGGUGGAAGCAGAGAAAGGGUUAAUCAGCCCUUUGCUUGUGACUCACAUCAUGAAUGAUCCAACACCUUGAGCCCUCCAGCUCUUCCCCAGUUCCAAAUAGGACCUUAUUCAAAUUAGUCACUGACCGUAUCUUCAGAAACAAUAUUCAGAUGUGGAUAGGUGAUCUCCACUUUAGCUGAUUGGUUGCAAGCGAAGUGCUGUGCUGUUUUCUCGGAACAGCAGAAAGCAUCUCACUACUGGAAUGAAGAAACGACGUAGCCAAAGGCUGGUCACUUACAGUGUAAUGAUGAUGACUGUGUGCGUUCCUUGAUCCUAACAUUUAAUUUGGAUGAGCAGCAAAGACAUCCACUGUAAAGAGAAGAGUCAUCGGUGGCAGUCGGUUGUGCUCAGUUAGCGUGAGCUAAAAGCAACAGGCUUUCUUCCUAGAGAAAACUCAGCCCUUGUAACAUCUUAAGACAGGGAUGGGGUGCCUGGAGCCAUCAAGGUAUCACUGGACUACAACUUCCAUAAUUUCUGAGCAGUGGCCACGUUGGCAGUGCACUCCUUUGACCCAAUAUUUGCUCCUGUAACGCAACAUAGUGGAAAAAACGAAGAGCACUGCUAGUGUUAGAAAUGCACGUAUUGUGUUCAUCUGUAUGGAAAAUGUAUCCCCUGCGUUUAUUGUAAAAUUCUCACGAGGGAGGAGCAAAGGUUUCUCCUUACUUUUCCUCCUUUGCCUCACUCCCAUAGCAUGGUUUUAUAAAUAAGGUAAAGGUAAAGGACCCCUGGACGGUUAAGUCCAGUCAAAGGUGACUAUGGGGUUGUGGCGCUCAUCUUGCUUUUCAGGCCGAGGGAGCUGGCAUUUGUCCGCAGACAGCUUUCCGGGUCAUGUGGCCAGCAUGAUGAAACCGCUUCUGGUGCAACGGGACACUGUGACAAAAGCCAAGUGCAUGGAAAUGCCAUUUACCUUCCCACUACAGUGGUACCUAUUUAUCUGCUUGCAUUGGUGUGCUUUCGAACGGCUAGGUUGGCAGGAGCUGGGACCGAGCAACGGGAGCUCACUCUGUCACGGGGAUUCAAACUGCCGACCUUCCGAUCGGUAAGCACAAGAGGCUCAGUGGUUUAGACCUCAGCGCCACUUGCUCCCAUGGAUUUAUAAAUAUGGUGGAAAGCAAUACCCCACCCCAUCACUCAAUAGUGCAUCCACCUAUGAGGUGUAGUGUGCUUGUUUAUCUGCUAGCAUGUGGGGGGAAAAAUAUCUAGCUUGUUUUGAAGCUUCCUAUAAUUAGACUGGAAGAGAGCCAAGAAGCUGAUGUGAACACCCUUAGUCUUACACAAUUUGCCACAGGAUUUUUGAUAGGGUAAUCUAGUGCUAUUAGUGUUUGGGCUCAGAUAAUGGGUGAGACUAUUUAGGCAGUGUCCUCAUCUUCUCCGUUUAAGAAAAGGUUUGAGGAUCUGACGUGAAAACAGAGGAGGCGGCAAUAAAACAAUCUCCUUUGAGUCUCUGGCUCCACUGUGCAAUAUUUAAAUACUAAGCUGCUGCUACUGCUGCUAAAUUUUGCUUAUAAAUGGAGCACAUUGAAGUGCUAGAUGGGGAAGAAAGAGAGGAAUGUUUUGGGGGGAAUUCAGUUCGGGGUUGGGGGAAGCUUCGCAUUGGACGAUACAAAGAGAAUUCUUGUUUGAAAGUUUUGUAACCCGCUCUGAGAUCUGUGGAUGGCAGGCAGGCUAAAAAUGCUUUUAAAUAAAUGAACAAAUCUCUGCGGUUGGUUUAUCAGCUGCAGAAAUAGUAUGGGCUGCUGCUUUGUGUGUUUGGGGCCGCAUGAAAGGUGAGAUUGGUGCUUUCAGGAUUCAGUGACUGUAAUUUGUUUUUACUGAUUUUAAUACCAAAUUUAAACUUCUCGUAAUUUGCCUUGGGACCUGCUGGUGAAGGGUGGAUAAUAAACUGAAUAAUAAUAAUAGUAUCUCCCCAGGUUCCAGCAUUCGGUCAUAAUCAAGCAUGACCAAGAGAUAGCAUGACCAUUGAUUAUGCAGUUGAAGCAGUCAGGGUAUGAGGAUAGGAGCAGAAUCUAUUGACCAAGACUGGGGGACACUGGAAGACACGUGAAACAGAGGGAGUUCCCACUGAAAUGUGUCUCCCAUAUAAGUGGGGGUUUACUUUCUCCCAUAUAAGUGGGAUGGAGUUAAUUAAUUAAUUAAGGUGAAGCCUCGGGUUGCGAACAUGAUCCGUGCGGGAGGCAUGUUAACAACCCGCAGCACCGCAACUUUACACAUGCGGGUUGCGAUUUGGCGCUUCUGAGCACGUGCAAAGCGCAAUUGCCAAAACCCGUUCUGGUACUUUCGGGUUCAGCGCGGUGUGCAACCCAAAAACACGUAACCUGAAGCGUCCGUGACCUGAGGUACCACUGUACUUGGUUUUAUGUCUACCCUGCCCGUAAUCCAACCAGACCCCAUGGUGGUUCUUCGUGUUUCUAGAGAAAAAUAAAGCAUUGCAAUUGGGUACCCUCUAGGGACGCGGAUGGCGCUGUGGGUUAAACCACAGAACCUAGGACUUGCCAAUCAGAAGGUCGGCGGUUCAAAUCCCCGCGACGGGGUGAGCUCCCAUUGCUCUGUCCCAGCUCCUGCCAACCUAGCAGUUCGAAAGCAUGUCAAGGUGCAAGUAGAUAAAUAGGUACUGCUCCGGCGGGAAGGUAAACGGCGUUUCUGUGCUGCUCUGGUUUGCCAGAAGCGGCAUAGUCAUGCUGGCCACAUGACCCAGAACCUGUAUGCCGGCUCCCUCAGCCAAUAAAGCAAAAUGAGCACCGCAACCCCAGAGUUGGCCACGACUGGACCUAAUGGUCAGGGGUCCCUUUACCUUUACCUUUUUACCCUCUAGGAAAUGUGAGAAAAACCUGCCUACUGCCCUAGAUCCUGGGUGACCAAGACUUUCAGAUUCUGAACAUCCAUCUGUUCACACUUUGCAGGGUAUCUCUACACACAGCCCACCUGUCACGAAGAGAAUAAUCUUGCCCCUGCUGAAAUACAGUGCAUUAUUUCAGUUUUAUCUGGAUUUUCUUCCAUGCAAACAGUGGCUGCAGUCUUUAUCUCUCUGGCUGGUGUUGCAGGGCAAACAGCGUGUUAAGUCAUUGCUUUUAUCUGGUUUCCUUUCUUUUAAUUGCAGACCCAAGAAUGCGAUCAGAGCACUAAGGAAAAGGCUUUCCAAAAACUGCAACCAUGUUGAGAUUCGUCUGACGCUUUCUGUAAGUAUGAUACUCUUGAUCCUCAUAAAAAAGAGUCUGCUAAACACAGAAGGGGACACUUUGGAUUUCUCUGGAUCACAGCCCAGGGAGGAACCUGUUUGAGCAGAACAUUUUACUAAACAGCAACAAUUUUCCUGACACACCAAACAUGAACUUCGGGGGAAGGAGGUGCUCAUUUUCUGGGUCAUGUUUAGGUGAAUGUCAUCUGGAUCCUUGCCUGGGGUUUCUGAGCACUAUUCUUUAUGGACAGAGGUCAAUUGUUCUUCACCGUUGGAGAUUCUCCAACAGAUUAACCUCUGCUUUCCACCUUCAGGGCUUGCGGGGGGGAGGAUUGAGCCAGUAUUAUGAAGAAGACAAACAAUGACAUCUGGAGAUAAGUCUUUGCUCAUCUUCCAAUGCCCCACCUGGGUUCCACCAGGGGCCUCCUCCUCCCCCUCCUUCUUCUUCUUCCUCGGUGAUCACUCAUAGCCAAGUAAAAUUGUCUUCCAUGAACGCGGUCUUAACAGUGAGUCUGUAAGUGACUGUGGAGGCCAGUUCUGGAUCCACACGUCCUUCCACAGUGGGGACAUAGGUUUCUGGGCGGGAGUUUAUGACAGGGAGGGUUUGCCAUGCAUGCCUUCCUCUUAGCACGUUUCUCCAUUUCACCCUGAGUUUGAGCAUCUUCAAAGCCCAUGACACCAUUGGUAGAGGCUGUUCUCCAAUUGGAGCGCUUGCAGGCCAGUGUUCCCAGUUGUUGGUGUUUAUGCUACAUUUUUUUUAGAUUUGCCUUGAGAGAGCCUUUAAACCUCUUUUGUUGACCACCAGCAUUACACUUUCAAUUUUUAAGUUUGGAAUAGAGUAGUUGCUUUGGAAGACGAUAAUCAGGCAUCCGCACAACAUCACCAGUCCAGUGAAGUUGAUGUUGAAGAAUCAUUGCUUCGACACUGGUGAUCUUUGCUUCUUCUAGUACACUGGCACUAGUUUGCCUGUCUUCCCAAGUGAUGUGUACAAAUUUUCGGAGACGUAGUUGAUGGAAUCUUUUGAGGAGUUGGAGAUGGCGUUUAUAAGUUUAUAAACCAGGCACCACCACCACCCCUUCUAAGGUGUGAGCCUUCUUCAUUGUAACCUGGGCAGGUGGUGUUGGGUCUAGAAACAUGUUUGGGACCUGAAUCUCCCACACUACAUGGUUGCUGGACAGGGGAAGGCCUCUCAGCCAUGGGCAGUCCUCAUAACUCACAUCAUCACCCACAGGCGCCUCAUAAAAUGGUGUUUAGCAUGUUACUCAGAAAAUUGCUUCUUGGUUUUCCUUUUUGAAUUAACGCACUCCGGUUAAAGACUGGUUAAGAAGGGAAAGAGUAGCAUCUUGUUCAGUGUUGAGUUAUUCCAACAGCAUUUUCCACUUUUACAAAGUGGAAUAUGCGAUUCCGUAUUCAUUAGUGCAAAAUAAAGUCCUUUGUGGCAAAUGUUCUUAACCAUACACAAACACUGAGGGCUUCUAGCCAGAGGUAGGGGGAGAGGUGUUGAGAUCACAAAAGAAAGGUCACUCGAUCAGAGCAAGCGAGAUACUGUCUUUUAUUUUGACUGACAAACUUUGGAGUUGCAUAGAUCUCUGUUUGUGGUUUGCCAUUCAAGAGAGGCUUUGGAAACAACAGCAAAGAGUCUUGUGGUGAAAUAAAGGUUCACAAAUGUAUCAUGGAAUAAGCUUUUGGAGAGAGAGAGAGAGAGAGAGAGAGAGAGAGAGAGAGAGAGCGUGUUUGAGCCAAGUCUCGAUGUGUACUUGCUUAUCUGCAGUCUUGUGUUGAAGAAAAAUGAGUUGUGACAGAGGCUUAAUGAGAAGGGGAUUAAAAUGAAACAGUAGACAUCGUAAAUGCUAUCACAUGAACAAUUGUGUGUCUUCCUGGUUGCCCCACCUCAAAAAGGAAUGAAAGGGCAACUAAAAAAAAUCAAGGAUAGCAUUUUUUUCGGAAAUAAGAGGAUUAAGCAGAGAGAGGGCUUGGUUAACUAAUGUAAAAGAGAAUGGAGACAGUUGACAUGGAAAGAAUGAGUAGGAAACAGUAUCUCCCUUUCAAAAUACAACUCAGGAUUAUUUAUUGAAGCAGUUAGAGCAUUUUAUGCUGAGCUAAAGGAUAAGCUUAGUUAUACAAUUGGUAGUUAACUUACGCCAUCGAUUGCCCCCAGGGUGUUAUAAGGAAAUGGCGUGGGAUUUCUAAAGGAUUAAUGGAAUGUUUUGGAGAAAUGGGAAUAUUGGGAGGUGCAAACUAACACUGCAACCUGUGUGUUACCAGCCACGGGCAACAAAUAACAGGAGAUGCCUGUCCCUGUCAGAUGUUGGUUAUGACUUCUUGGAUGGUCAGAAGCGCUUCCAGUUUAGAUGGAUCAUUGUUUCGACCCAGAAUCACAUUGCUUGUGGGUAUGUUGACUUCCCAUUUCUGCCCAGAAUCUAAUCUAGGUCAGUGAUGUCAAAUGGUGAUAUGGGUUAGACUGGUGCCAUAGGAAGCAGUCCAUUGGUUUAAACUUGCAUAACUUAAUAUUCCCAGGGCUUGUAAUAAGCAGAAAUGUGUGACUCCUUUUUGUUUUUGUUUUGUUUCCAAAGUCAGCCAGUGCAAAAGUGACUUGGCAGUUCUUGUAUGCAGUUACCUUGUUGGUCACGGCGUAUUAUGCUGCUGCUGUGGAAUUUGUGGAAUUCGUUUUGCAAAAACAUUAUUACCAUAAGCUAGGAAGUCGUUAGGGCAAACAGGUGAUUCACAGUGCUUUGUUACGAGUUAAGCUGCGUAAAUAUGAAUCGCCCCAAAGUUUUGGUGUUCAGGUUCUUUAUCCAGAAGUGGCAGAAUGUCGGAGAUGGGAUGAAUUGAGUAUGGUUCUGAAUGAAUACCUCUCCCCUUAUUUUGAAGCCAUGUUCUUAUUGAACUUGAAAACAUUCUGUAAGCAUGUAAAGGUUUGCUGGCAAAGGUUCUGGACUGGGUCUCGUUCUAGGUUCCACAGAGCUUUCUAUCCUGUUUUCCCUCUGUGUUGGUAUUGUGGCUCUGAGUGAUAGAGGAUGUAUGUUUCAGCAGAGCUCAGUUGCUUAGAGCAUGGUGCUAAUAACAUCAAGGUCGCAGGUUCAAUCCCUGUUUAGGGCAGCUGCAUAUUCCUGUGUAGCAGGGGGUUGGACUAAAUGAUCCUCAGGGCCCCUUCCAAUGCUAUGAUUCUAUGAUUUAAUUCAGUCUGUUGAAGUAAAAAGGUAAAGGUAAAGGACCCUGGAUGGUUAAGUUCAGUCAAUGGUGACGAUGGAGUGCGGCGCUCAUCUCGCUUUCAGGCCGAGUGAGCCAGCGUUUGUCCAAAGACAGCUUUCUGGGUGAUGUGGCCAGCAUGACUAAACCGCUUCUGGUGCAGCGGGACACCAUGACAGAAACCAGAGCACACAGAAACACCGUUUACCUUCCUGCCACAAUGGUACCUAUUUAUCUACUUGCACAGGCGUGCUUUUGAACUGCUAGGUUGGCAGGAGCUAGGACACAGCAAUGGGAGCUCACCUCGUUGCGAGGAUUCGAACCGCCGACCUUCCGAUCGGCAAGCCCAAGAGGCGCCGUGGUUUCGACCACAGUGCCACCCAUGUCUCUCCUCUGUUAAAGUAGCCAGUGCAUCACCUUUUAUCUGUCCUUUGUGUUAAAGUCAACAGAGGUCUGUUAAGAUGUUUUAUCUGAUGAGAAAAUGUAGAGAAAACUCCAUUGGCAAUUUUUUUUGACUCCAUGGUAGCUGACACCUCAAAAUUAGGUGGAGACAUUGGAGCCAACUCCCAGCAGCCUUGGGGGCUUCAGCCCCCCCAAUAAAAUAUUUGAGGGGUCGAGUCCAAACAAAGUUGGUGGGCAUUCCAUUCAAAUGGGGUGUGUGCACUGCAUCAUGUGAUUGAUUAUGAGGGGCGGGGCUUACCUGGGCCCCCACAAUGUUUUAUUCAAGUUGCACCCCUGUGUGGAGAUGCUACAGAUUCAUCUACCCUGCUAAAAGUCUCCCAUCAGUAUAGUCCAGCAUGGUCAAUCAUGAAAUAUGUGAUGUCCUGUCAUCAUCCCCAAAUAAUAAUCUGCUAUUGUAAAGACUAGUAGAUUUAUUGUAUCCUAAGCUGUUGUGGAGUGGAGCCUUCCAGGCAUGAAGAGUCCAUAUGAACUGGGUCUUGCUCAUUCACUGUCUUGACAGCUCUGAGGAGUAAAAAAACUGGUGCAGACUAGAGAAUGGUCUGCAGGCACAUGAGAUCAACACCCUGCUGAAGCUAAGCAGGUCUGGAUCUGGUCAGUACUUGGAUGGGAGACUGCAUGGAAACAACAUGUAAUAGCACCACUCUAUUCUGCCUCUGUCUGACCACACCUGGAAUACUGUGUCCAGUUCUGGGCACCACAGUUUAAGAAGGAUGUUGACAAGCUGGAACGUGUACAGAGGAGGGCGACCAAGAUGUUCAGGGGUUGGAAACCAAGACUUAUGAGGAACGCUUGAAGGAGCUGGGUAUAUUUAGCCUGGAAAAGAGGAGAUACGAUAACCAUCUCCAGAUAUCUCAAGGGCUAUCACGUGGAAGAGGAACAAGCUUGUUUUCUCCUGCUCUGGAGGGUAGGUCUCGAACCAAGGCCUUCAAGUUACAAGAAAGGAGAUUCUGACUGAACAUAUAUGGAAAAGCUUUUUGACAGUAAGAGCUGUUUGAUGGUGGAACAGUCUCCCUCAGGAGGUUCUGGACUUCCCUUUCUUGGAGGUUUUAAAGCAGAGGUUGGACGGCCAUCUGUCAUGGAUGCUUUAACAGGGAGUUGGACUAGAAGACCCUUGGGUCCCUUCCAACUCUUACGAUUCUAUGGUGCCUUUGGUUCCAUGAUAAAAGAAAGGCAGGAUUCUGCCCGGACACUGAAAUCCAGCGCCGAGGGCCUUCUGGUGGUUCCCUCGCUGCGAGAAGCCAAGUUACAGGGAACCAGGCAGAGGGCCUUCUCAGUAGUGGCACCCGCCCUGUGGAACACCCUCCCACCAGAUGUCAAAGAGAAAAACAACUACAGUGGUACCUUAGGUUAAGAACUUAAUUCGUUCUGGAGGUCUGUUCUUAACCUGUAACUGUUCUUAACCUGAGGUACCACUUUAGCUAAUGGGGAUUCCCACUGCUGCCAUGCCACCACCAUGCGAUUUCUGUUCUCAUCCUGAAGCAAAGUUCUUAACCCGAGGUACUAUUUCUGCAUUAGCGGAGUCUGUAACCUGAAGCGUCUGUAACCCGAGGUACCACUGUACCAAACUUUUAGAAGACAUCUGAAGGCAGCCCUGUUUAGGGAAGCUUUUAAUGUUUAAUAGACUAUUGCAUUUUAUUAUUUUGUUGGAAGCCGCCCAGAGUGGCUGAGGAAACCCAGCCAUAAGGGCGGGGUAUAAAUAAUAAAUUAUUAUUAUUAUUAUUAUUAUUAUUAUUAUUAUUAUUAUUAUAUAAAAUACAAAGAAAGAAUAAGAAGAAACAAGUUCAGAAAGUCUGCUGCUGUGCCCUUGUCCAGAAUCCACAUUAUCACCUAAGCUUUCGGUUGUGUGGAAUAUAAAAACCAAUAUAGGUGUAAACAGGAUAUGUCUGUUAGCCUUCCGGGAGAGUAGACAGUUCCCCUGUGUAUUCUGUGCUUAAGCACCUUCUACAGCAUAGGCUGAUUGUCAUGCAUGCAUGACUGGGAUAGCUGUUUGCAUAUUCUGAGUUGCUUCCUGUAUCUUGUUGCGCAAGGCCAUUAGCAGCAGAGGUGAGCAGAUAAAUUAAGUUGAUAGGUGACCGACUUUGGUCAGGCAUCAGCUAGGUUGCCCCGGGGCUGACACCCUGCGUUGGGGAUACAUCUAAAGUUGCCGGAAUACUUGUUUCCGGCAUGCCCCCCCCCCCCCCGUGCCUGCUCCUUUGCAACCCUGAGUCACACAGUAUUGCAUACUUUGGUUCCUUGGUGUGCGUGUUUGCCUAGCAGAAACAGCUCGGGUUUCCACUUGGCAUGCAGGUUUCGUGUCAGAUUUUUCAUUUCAUUUCUGUUUACCAUUCCUGGGAGCUGAGCAUUCUCUGUUCCAGUCAGUUGGAAAAGCUGUGAUAACAGGACACUGGCCUUUGAGGUGUUUUAUCUAAUAAUUCGUUCUGCAAACUUAAGGUUUCUCUGCCGUUCAAGGUUUUUUGUUGCUGUUGUGGGGAGAGGCGUUGUCAUGCAUAUGUUCCGGUUGUUACAGGAGUUGCAGAUAACAUCGCUGGCCUACUGCAAAUGGAUUCCGUUUGCUUAUGGUAAAGAAUAUUGGCAGCUAACACAAAACAGCUAGAAGCAUUUUCUUCUCCCGCUCUGCUCCAAGCUUUUUAUUUGUGGAUCUGUCAAAGCCAGGAAUCUGGAGGCCAGCUGAAAACAGAGGAUGAAGUCUGAGGAGAUACCGUAUUUUUUGCUCUAUAGGACGCACUUUUUCCCCCUCCAAAAAUGAAGGGGAAAUGUGUGUGCGUUCUAUGGGGCGAAUGCAGGCUUUCGCUGAAGCCUGGAGAGCGAGAGGGGUCAGUGCGCACUGACCCCUCUCGCUCUCCAGACUUCAGGCAGCUAUCCGCAAGCCUUCGGAGCGCUCCAAAGGCUUGCGGAUAGCAGCCUGAAGCCUGAAGCCCGGGGAGCGCAGCGCCAACUCCUGCUUCGCUCCCUGGGCUUCAGGCAGCUAUCCGCAAGCCUUCUGAGUGCGGCGGGAGUUCCCGCAGGGCUCUGAAGGUUUGCGGAUAGCAGCCUGUUCUGGGGGCUGGGGUCGGGGGAAGCUCAGGCUUCCCCUGCCCCCAGCCCCGCAAGCUCAGGGAGCAGCGGCGAGGUUGCACGCAAUCUUGCCGCCGCUCCUGGACCUGUUCUGGGGGCUGGGGUCGGGGGAAGCUCGGGCUUCCCCAGCCCCGUGGCUAAAAACGAAGCCAAGACAGUGAGUGGGAUCCAAAAAUAAUAAUAAUAAAAAAAUCUUUAUUUCCCCCCCUAAAAAUUAGGUGCACCCUAUGGUCUGGUGCGCCCUAUGGAGUGAAAAAUACGGUAGUUCUGUGGUGGAGCAAAGCCCAGCAAAGGCAAACUGAGUUAGGAAAGUGCAGAGCGAUUUGCCAACCAAAUGUUUCAGUUCUCACCUGACCUGGAGACGUUCCAGCCAGGUUGGGGGAAGGUUAGGCUGCGAGCCAGAUGAGGGUGCCCUUGGGAGAGAAAACGUAAGAUGCUCAGUAUUUUACAGGCCUCCCAAGCUGUCUGACGGGUUGCAGCCUCUAUGCCCAGAAGUAAAGAAUGGAAGUUUUAUAGCCCUGUAGGGUCUGAUCUGCCUUUAGGCAAGGCUGUUGGUGGUGAAACUUGAUGUGAAACUGUAAUCCACAUCCCUUCCUACACUGCACAAUGUGUGCAAGAAAAUCAGAUCGGUGUCAGAAUCCAUGUGGAAAUUCUCUUCCUGUAUGAAUAUAGAAUAAUGAUAAUUAAUAAUAAUAAUCAUAUUUCAUUUAUACGCCGCCCAUCUGGCUGGGUUUCCCAAGCCACUCUGGGCUGCUUCCAAGACAUAAAAUCAUAAUAAAACAUCAAACAUUAAUUGUAACAAUCUGAUCCAAUGUAAAAGUCAUAAUAACUUUAAAAUAAACCAUUUAUAUCAAACAAAGCAACAUUCAACAAUCCAUCAGAAUCUAAUAGUAAAUGGUAAAAUUAAACAUCAGCAAAUAAUAAUUAAACAGUUCAACCGAGUAACAGCAAAUCACAAUGCAUAAAGUAACACAAAAGAUACAAAACCAUGUAAAAGGAUCAAAUUGAGAAACAAAGAAGCACAACUUAUAAAAUAUAUACAGUGGAACCUUGGUUCUCGAACACCUUGGUACUCAAACAUUUCGGCUCCUGAAUGCUGAAAACUCAGAAAUAAGUGUUCCUGUUUCCGAACGUUUUUCGGAAGCUGAACAUCUGAUGCGGCUGUCGGCUGUUGCUUCCGGGGUGCCUGCGCCAAUCGGAAGCCGCACCUUGGUUUUCGAACGUUUUGGAAGUCGAGCGGACUUCCGGAACGGAUUAUGUUUGAGAACCAAGGUACCACUGCAUAUAUAUCCCUGAACUGCUCUAUUCUCUGCUGCUGCUCUCAAAGUCAUAGUCUGGGAAAGGCUAGUUGGGGCAAGGCAGGUGGAAAAGCCAUUUCCUUAUGAGGAACAGAAAGUCUCUCUCCACUGCCCAGUGGUUAAAACAAUGAAAGGGUCUUCUCUGUGGUGGUUCCUGGCACCUACUGGAACCACCGUGGUCUUUUUCCUUGAAAUAAAAGGCAGUGUAACUGUAACAAAAAUGAAUACGUACAGUGGUACCUCUGGUUAAGAACUUAAUUCAUUCUGGAGGUCUGUUCUUAACCUGAAACUGUUCUUAACCUGAAGCACCACUUUAGCUAAUGGGGCUUCCUGCUGCCGCUGCGCCGCCGGACGCACGGUUUCUGUUCUCAUCCUGAAGCAAAGUUCUUAACCUGAGGUAAUAUUUCUGGGUUAGCGGAGUCUGUAACCUGAAGCGUAUAUAACCUGAGGUACCACUGUAGUAGUUUUAGGCAGUGUUAGAAACUCAGAUAUAUAAGUUAGGUGCCUAAUGGCGCCUUAAAUCUGGGUUACGGUCGCCAGAAUGGAAUAUCUAUUCACCAGGAGGUUGUUGUAGAUGACCCUCAGAGUCCCUCCGGGGCGGAGGAAGGGGGUUGCUAUGGGGGCGGGCCGCCCCGGGUGUCACCACUGAUGGGUGGUAUAUACCUUAUAUAUAUAACUUAUAUAUAGCAAAGGGAAGUCUAUAGCAAUUAGGUAUAUUUUAAUCUAGUCCAUUAUGUAAUAGGUUUAUGUUACAAAACGAAUAUGGAUUUUGAAUUUGAUGUUUGUAAUUCUUUUUCGGUUUUGAAAUAAACUUUAAAAAAAGGAAAUGGUAUUAACUAUGCACAAAGGCAGAGGUUUUUAAACUGUGGGCACCAGCCUGGCACCCAAAAAUCUCCGUGUAGUUGGACCCGUGCCAGUAGCAAAAUUAGCCGAGCACCUGGGGAACUCCAAACACUGGAUGUAUGUGAAGAUAGCUUAAUAUGUAUACAUUUAGGAAACUGCUUCUUGGAUGGGGUUUUACAGUUCCCAAGGUCCAGGAUCUGUUUUAUACAGUAUAGAUGCAAGAGCUACUCAGUCGAGAAAUAUCUCUUUUAGACAACGUAAGAAGGAAUUGAGCUUUUAGGCCACAAGGCAGCUGCUUAAUAGUUAACCUCGUUUCGUAUUAAUCGACUCUGGGUGUGUCAAACCUGUUUUUAUGAGAAGCUCCUGGUUUCGUGUGUCGAUAAAACAACCUGCCAGGUUUACAGGAGCCUUAAUAGUUCCCUGGACUUUGGCCAGUGGGGUUUGUGUGACAUCUGCAUGGUGGAAAUGCAAGCGCUAAUUGAAGGGUCAGGGUACUGCUGGUCUUCACGAAGAAGAUCUUCAGGAGUUCAGCAUCUGCCCACACAGAUCUGAUUUCAGAGAUCCGGGUAUCAGUAGUGUUGCGACUUUCCCAAGAGAGAUUGUACAAUCUCCAUAAUUACUGAGUAGUAGGCCCGGCAGAAUUACCAGGGUUUUCUGUUGUAGGACAUGGGUGGGAUAGCAGAUUAAGUCACCUUGUAAAUCCCACAAAUGCAUUCCACUCUGGGGAACAGUUGCAUAUAAAGUGGGGCCCAUAACUGCAAGUCUAGGUGUGGGGAAAACACCUUCCAGUUAGCCACACACACUACCCUCUUUUUAAUGAGCAGAAGUUUAUAGACUCUAAGCCUGCUUCAUUUUUCCCAGAUUAAAAUGGAUGAGGUUUACCUUUUUAACCUUUAGAAGACAUCUGAAGCUUUUGAAGGUUUCAUGUACAGUGGAACCUCGGUUUUUGAUCGUUUCAGAAGUCAAACAUUCCGGCUUUUGAAUGCCCAAAACCCAGAGGUACCGUAUUUUUCGCUCUAUAAGACACACCUUUUCCCUUCCAAAAAUUAUGGGGAAAUGUGUGUGCGUCUUAUGGAGCGAAUGCAGGCUCCGUGGCUUCAGCGAAAGCAAUGCGAAGCCUCUGAAGCGCAGCAGGAGCGCUUCUGCCGCACUCCGGAGGCUUCGCGUUGCUUUCGCUGAAGCCUGGAGAGCAAGAGGGAUUGGUGCGCACCGAUCCCUCUUGCUCUCCUGGCUUCGCUGGAGAAGCGCUGCGCAGCUUUCCCUCUCUGCGCAGCGCCCCUUCAGCGAAGCAGGAGGAGAAAUGGAAGGGGCUCCGUUUCUCCUGCCGCUUCGCUGAAGGGGCGCUGCGCAGAGAGGGAGUGAUUUUUUUUUCUCUUGUUCUCCCCCUCUAAAACCAGGUGCGUCCUAUGGUCGGGUGUGUCCUAUAGAGCAAAAAAUACAGUAACUGCUUCGGUUUUUGAAUGAUUUUCGGAAGCUGAAUAUGCCACUUGGCUGCCAUUUUGAGUUUUUGGUUUUCUCACUUUUCGGAAGUCAAAGGGUCUUCCCAGAUGGAUUAUGUUCGAAAACCAAGGUUCCACUGUAUUAGUAUGUUUCUAUAUAUGUUGGAAGCCACCCAGAGUGGCUGGGUCAAUGCAGUCAGAUGGGCAGGGUACAAAAUAUUAUUAUUAUUAAUAAUAAUAAUAAUAAUAAUUUGCUUGAUUUGUUAAGCUUAGCCCUACUCUUGGUCCAUUAGGCAGGAAUGGGAUGGGUCAUAUGAUUGAAACCUUGUUCUCUCUCAUCUUUAUAUGUGCUUGUGUUCAUUUAAAAACUCCCCGCACAUCAGCUCUGUAUAUUGUCUUUUUCGUAUGCUGAACCUCCUGUAUUUUCUGUGGAAUACUAAUUAGAAAAGGGGAUGGCACAGUACAGUUGGCCAAUAUAUCCCUAGGAAGCUGUAGAAUUGACUCCUUUGGUGGAAGCUGUAAACAGACCUCACGGUUCAGGGUCUACUAGAGUUGUGCAGAUCCUUUUCGCUCCUGCCUUUGUUCAGAUUGUUAGACCGCGGUAGCCCAGGAGGCUGCUUCUAGCGUCUGCAAAUCUUGAUGGUGCAACCUUAAUUUCCUUUUGCAAUUUGACCUGGGGGCAAAAUGCUCUUUGCUGAAUGUUCGCCGUGUUUCCCAAGGUUUCAGCAACUGGGUUGCACAUUUAUAGACUCUUCUUCCUUCCCGUAAGCUCCAGCCCUCUAAACCCCUGUCUUGCCUGGGGCACAAAAACUGCACCCUUUUUUAAAGAACUGUUCAAGGUGUUGCUGAAAGAACCUUUAUGGUGCUAAAGAAAAUUGGGGUUUAUUAUUAUUAAUUUUUUAAGACUGGUGGUAGCAACCCAGCAAACAAGUGCUGUAACUUUGGAAUAAAUGACUCAGUUUGCUAUUUGGCCAUCGGUGGCAGGAGUUGGGGAGGGGGACUAGUGGGCCUCUGCCGAAUGUUAUUGGAUUCGAACUCACAACACCACUGACCAUUGGCCAUGAUGGCAGUUGAAUCUCACGUUGAUGCUGGUUUUCUGCUGCAUCUGGCAACAUCAAACUAGCUUAAGGGGGUACACAGCAGUCUGUGUGGCACACACAGCUUUGACUGCUCCCCUCCCCUCAGUAUUUGCCACCCGAGGCACCUGCCCCAUCCUACCUCAUGGUAGAGUCACCCCUGCUCAGGGGACCUUUUCUUCACAAAGCCAUUCAGUGUGUAGGACAGUACAGUUAGGUGAAUGUGUAAUUCACAUUAUACCUGAAGGAGCGUCUCCACCCCCCAUCUUUCAGCCCGGACACUGAAGUCCAGCUCUGAGGACCUUCUGGUGGUUCCCUCACUGUGAGAAGUGAGGCUACAGGGAACCAGGCAGAGGGAUUCAGAUGCUUCGCCUAGUUGAAAUCAAUGACAGGGUUGCACCGAUCUAAUUGAGUUCAAGAUGUGGCCCAUUAACUGCAUUACCUCUCCUCAAAAUCGUAGCUUAGCUGUUUAGCCCUUGCUUGCCUAGGGAAAAGGCACUAAUCGGAGUUUUGUUCUUAAUUCCUUCGCAUAAUUUAAAUAAGACUGUCUUAAGAGCGCAAGAUCUCUUUGAAGCGCUCUCUGCAGGCAAUGGGGUGAGCUGAUUAACAUGUCUUUCAUGCACUCUGGUUUUUAAAAGGCCCCAUUCAAGCCAAAACUUUUUGGCAGCUGUGAGUUGCUUGGCUUCUCAAAUGGCAGUAUACCCUGCUCCCCAUUCCCCCCCCUUUUUUUAAAAAAGUAGAAGUUCUGUAUCCUGUGAGUGGUGUUUUCUCCUGACAUCCUUGCACAUUUCUUCUCCCGAGAGCCUGCGUACACUGAGGGAAAGCUGCUUUUUAAAACAGGUUUAAAAAUGCUGUUUUCAGUUAAGCCUAAGUUAACUUAGGUUAACUUAGUUAGCAGUUAACUUAGAAGAGAAGACUCCCUGGAAAAGACCCUGAUGUUGGGAAAGAUGGAGGGCACAAGGAGAAGGGGAUGACAGAGGACGAGAUGGUUGGACAAUGUUCUUGAAGCUACCAGCAUGAGUUUGACCAAACUGCGGGAGGCAGUGGAAGACAGGAGUUCCUGGUGUGCUCUGGUCCAUGGGGUCACGAAGAGUCGGACACGACUAAACAACAACAAAAAUAGUUUUUAAAAUUCUGUUUUCAGUUAAGCCUAAGUGGUUGGCGUGUGCCCAAUGCUCCUAUAGCUCAAGCUUUUGCUUUGAAAUAUUUAUUGGCACUUCACUGUAGAUGUAGAUCACUUUCUUCAUGUUUAUGUUUGUCCUAGCUUUGUAAUAUUGUAAUAUUGGUACUAGUUUUGGGCAACUGCCAUAACUGAAUAAUCAAAACGAUCAUUAUUUAGCUAGGCUGCUAAAUUUGACAGCUCUCAGGCCCCUUGCACCACACUGUAUAUUUAAAGCCACAUCCAACCACAUUGAACAGUAAUGGCUAUGCCCUGAGAAUCCUGGGGGAAUAAUCUUUGUUAAGGGCACUGAGGGUUGGUAGGAGACCCCCUAUUCCCCUCACACAGUGUUAGAAACUCAGAUGUAUAAGCUAGGCGCCAAAUGGCUCCUUAAACCAGGGUUACAGUCGCCAAAACGGAAUGCCUAGUUGCCAUUUUGGGGCCAGAUGGCUCAAAAGUUGUAUUUUUCAAUACGGAUUUUUGGUUCCUGAAAUUAUUUCCCCCCCCCAUUAUAUUUUAUUAAAUUUCAACAUUUUUAACAUACACAAUAAAAACGUAAUUCUUUUUUCUUUUUGGGGUAGCCUUCCCACCCCAUUUUCCGUGGUCUUGUUGUUUUUCCCAUUCUGCUGCACCCUUUUUUAGUUCCUGAAAUUCAUUCUGAUAAAAUACAGUUUUUGGGAAAAGGAAGUGCAGCCUCUUUGAAUUCGCAUAUGUAAAACCUUCUGUGGUUUUGCAUAUGAGGACAUAAUAACAAUCAUUUGUCCCUUAGCAGGUCUUAAAAUUAUAUAAAUACAAGCUCGGAUGAACAGCAACACAAGACAUAUUACAUCUGUGUCAUGAUCUAUUUAACAGAAAUAAAGCCAAAAUGGAGAACAGGAGGUGUUGCUAGUUUGUGAAAACAGACAAAAUCCAGGGAUCCACAGGCGUGCACCUCCAGAUGGUAGGGGCAUCAGGUGCCAUGCUGGUGCCUAGGCAUCUUCACUUGGUCACAAGUGGCGGAUAGUCAGGUGCAAAAUGCGCCUGACACCUGACAAAUUGCGAAUGCUGCCCUCUCAGAACUACAAUUCCCAGAAUUCCCUGGGAAAGGGGAUUGGCUGUUAAAGCACCCUGGGUACUGUAAGUCUGUGACAGGACUAGGGUGUCUGCUUUCACAGCACCCUUAACGAAAGGACAGCUCCUAUGAGUCUUUGGGGAGAGUCAUUACCAUUGAAAGUGGUGUGAAACAGCUUUAAAUGUGUGGUACAGACGGGACCAGGAUGAGAGUGCUCAGAGGCCUGAUGUGUAACAACAACAACAACAACAACAACAACAACAUAUUAUUUAUACCCCGCCCAUCUGGAUGGGUUUCCCCAGCCACUCUGGACGGCUCCCAACAGAAUAUUAAUAAUAAUUAUUUAAAAGCGAUAAAUCAUCAAACAUUAAAAACUUCCCUAAACAGGGCUGCCUUCAGAUGUCUUCUAAAAGUCAGAUAGUUUUUUAUCUCCUUGACAUCUGAUGGGAGGGCGUUCCACAGGGCAGGUGCUACUACCAAGAAGGCCCUCUGCCUGGUUCCCUGUAGCCUCACUUCUCGCAGUGAGGGAACCGCCAGAAGGCCCUCAGAGCUGGACCUCAGCUUCCGGGCUGAAUGAUGGGGGUGGAGAUGCUCCUUUAGGUAUACUGGGCCGAGGCCGUUUAGGGCUUUAAAGGCCAGCACCAACACUUUGAAUUGUGCUCGGAAACAUACUGGGAGCCAAUGUAGGUCUUUCAGGACAGGUGUUAUAUGGUCUCGGUGGCCACUCGCUGACACCAGUCUAGCUGCCGCUUUCUGGAUUAGUUGUAGUUUCCGGGUCACCUUCAAAGGUAGCCUCACGUAGAGCACAUUGCAGUAAUGGUCCUGAUGGGGAGAAUCUCUCUCUCUUUCUCUCUGCAGCUCCUUGACAUGUGCAUGCAGAACUGUGGCCCAAGUUUCCAGGCUCUGGUUGUGAGAAGGGAUUUCUGCAAAGACAGACUCGUGAAGCUGCUGAAUCCAAGGUUCAACCUCCCUGUUGAUAUGCAGGAGAAAAUCCUGACCUUUAUCAUGGUAAGUGCUUCUUUUCUAUCUUUCCCAUUUUUCCAGUGUUGCCCGGGUAGUAAAUGGUUCAUGAGAGCUGUACUGUGAAGCGAAGUCUCUGCUAGUUCGCCUUCCUUUUUAUCUUAAGCCAUGGUUGGAAAGCAGCAAAGCUAUGGGGAGAGUAAGAGAAAGUUGGGCAAGAAGAUAGCUGGCUAUUGGCCUUGCUUUUAAGCCAUUCCUUUGUUGUCCUGUCAAGUUCCUUGGCUGCUGCUAUUGAGAAAAAGGAGGGCUAUUGCAUAGUGUUAGCUCUGUUCUCAGUGUCUCUAUUAAAAAAGCAAACAAAAGAAUUGCCAUUCUGCCAGUCAACCAACAAAAAGUUGAGUGUCUUGGCUUUGUGUGGGUGGGAAAGCGAGAGUUUGUUUACACCACCAGUUAGCUUGAAAUCACAAACCGGUGAACUCGUUUCUGCCCUCCACUUGAUCAGCUUCAAACCUGUUUGCAUUGUAUAGUGGGGCAGCCAGCCUGGAUUCCCUCCUAGGGAUUUCUUGUUUGGUUGCAUCAUUCACAAAAGAGAAUUUUUCCUUUUCCUUUUUUAUAAUGAGUUUUAUUCAAUUUUGAAAACUUAAAACACUAACUUCAAAUUCAAUACAGGUACCUUGGUUCUCAAACUUAAUCCAUUCCGGAAGUCCGUUCCAAAACCAAAAUUGUUCCAAAACCAAGGCACGUUUUCCCAUAUAAAGUAAUGCAGAACGGAUUAAUCCAUGGCAGACUUUUAAAAACAAUGCCUGAAGCAGCAAUUUAACGUGAAUUUUACUAUCUAACAAGACCAUAAAUCCAUAAAAUGAAAGCAAUAAAGAACGUACUGCCUCCACACAAUCAACCAAUCAAUCAAUCAAUCAAUCAAUCAAUCAGUAGCUGAACUAGGUUCCACGCAGUCACAAAAACAAACAGAAAAAGAGCUGCAAAAACACAAAAUAAAUAGCAAAAACAGACAGACCUCAGCGUAACACUCAAAAUGGAAGUGUGGCACUCAAAACAGAAGCAUAACACUCAAAACGGAGCAUGUUUGGCUUCCGAAAACAGUUCGCAAACGGGAACACUUAUCUCCGGGUUUGCAGUGUUUGGGUUCCAAGUUGUUUGAGUACCAAGGCAUUUGAGAACCAAGGCACCACUGUAUAAUGAAGGUGCCAGGCGAGUGUCCCUGGGGAGAGCAUUCCACAGAUGGGGAGCCACUGCAGAGAAGGCCCCGUUCUCAUGUUGCUGCUCUCCAGACCUCUUGAUCUCAGGGUCCGGGCAGGUUCAUAUGGAAAGCGGCGGUCCUUGAGGUAUAUUGCGCUCUUUGCAGGCGUUUCCCACACAAUGCCAUCACUUGGUCUGUAGACGCAAGGAGAGGUUUGAAAGAAGCUCAGCCAUCCCUGGGGAAAUCGGAGACCUCUGCUUUUGUCUCAAAAUGAGCCACCUUCUAAACAAUAGCGAGGUUAUUAGUUCUGGCAGGUGAUCCAUGGGUGAUUGAAUAUAGUCAACAAUGAUGCCUUAUUCAGUAAGCAACUGUUAUUUUGGAAUGAAUUGUGUAAGGGAGCAACCUCUUGCGUGUCGAGGCCACCCAGGACACCCCCAAAUAACGACACAGUUCACACAACAUUUUUGUUUGGGUUUUUGGCAUAAUUCUGGACACAACGUUAUUGAAUUACAGUAUGUGAGUGGUUGCUUAGGCAUUGGUUAGCGACUAUCUGUUCCCACAUAGAGGUAGGAACAGAACUGACAACCACAAGCCUGCGGAAGUCAGUAAGGGUAAACAUUUUUGGGGAAAGAAUAGAGCUGGGUGCCAGGCUCUCACCUCUCCCCAAACGCUCCCAGGGUCUCUUGCAUGGCCCUAGCCUCUUCCCAGGGAUUCGGACAAGAGCAUGGCGAGCCCCUGGAUUCCUUUACCAGAAUACCCUUGCAGCAGUAGCAUUGGAGAGGCAGACAUCCAACCACAUCUCCUCCAUGAACCAAAAUUAACUAAUGCCUAACCACAACCUUAGGGGCGCGGGUGGCGCUGUGGGUUAAACCACAGAGCCUAGGACUUGCCGAUCAGAAGGUUGGCGGUUUGAAUCCCCGCGACGGGGUGAGCUCCUGUUGCUCGGUCCCUGCUCCUGCCAACCUAGCAGUUCGAAAGCACUCAGAGUGCAAGUAGAUAAAUAGGUACCGCUCCGGCGGGAAGGUAAAUGGCGUUUCCGUGCACUGCUCUGGUUCGCCAGAAGCAGCUUAGUCAUGCUGGCCACAUGACCCGGAAGCUGUAAGCCAGCUCCCUCGGCCAAUAAAGCGAGAUGAGCGCCGCAACCCCAUAGUUGGCCAUGACUGGACUUAAUGGUCAGGGGUCCCUUUACCUUUACCAACCGCAACCUUACAAGUUGUGACCAUUUGCUACAAAGUAGGCAAAAAAGGCUGAUCGCUGAAGAAUUGAUGCUUUUGAAUUCUGGUGCUGGAGGAGACUCUUGAGAGUCCCAUGGACUGCAAGAAGAUCAAACCUCUCCAUUCUUAAGGAAAUCAGUCCUGAGUGCUCACUGGAAGGACAGGUCCUGAAGCUGAGGCUCCAAUACUUUGGUCACCUCAUGAGAAGAGAAGACUCCCUAGAAAAGAUCCUGAUGUUGGGAAAGAUGGAGGGCACAAGGAGAAGGGAACAACAAAGGACAAGAUGGUUGGACAGUGAAGCUACCAGCAGGAGUUUGACUAAACUGCGGGAGGCUGUGGAAGACAGGAGUGCCUGGCAUGCUCUGGUCCACGGGGUCACGAAGAGUCGGACACGACUAAAUGACUAAACAACAAAGCAAAAAAAACCCAAAUGGCACCAGCCAAUCAGCCAAUUGGUAAAAAUUCCUACCAGGCCCCUGUUCCAAAGCAGACGUCCCCAUGACAGGCAUAGCAAGGUCAGCACGAACAAACCCUAAAUAUAGGGAGGGUGGGUGGGUAAUCCGAUGUGCGCGGCGAAAAGAGGAAGCUCAACGCUGCAUAUAGGGAAUAAAUAGCAACCCCACCAAUCAAACAAUUUUGCAACAUCUCUCCAGCAACAAUUGGAGUUGCCCUAUCAAAUUUGUGUCCAUUCAUACUAAAACUGCCCAGCAACAGGGGAUAUCAUGGUUGCCCCCACCGCAACAUGUGCUCCCCAUCAAGGUGAACCCGCUUUGUUCAAACAAGACCUGAGAGGCACACACUCUUUAGUUUCCACCCUCCUCUAGCUGCUACGGUUUCUUGGCCUGCCAUCCACCUACCCAAAGUCAAACCCGCCUGAGAUCCUGUCAAACUAGACAGGCGAAUGAGGAAUGAGGAAGAGAUAUGAGAGUUGCAGAGUAGCAGAGUUGCGCUUUAAUGCGUUGUGUCGCCUUUUGAAAAACACUGAGAAUGGGAUGAGUUGAGACAGCACCUGUGAAUGGAUGGGAGCAGGUUGUGAUAUUGGGGGGGGGGAGAGAGCUGAAAGAAAUGACAGCAUUUUCUUCUUUGUAGGGUUGCUUUGUGAUGCAUCUCUCACUGUGUAUUCCUACCAUUGCUAUGCCAACUUUGAAACUAUUUAUUUCAUCAGGUUUCAAACAGGGUGGAUUUGAUUUAAAUCAAUUCAAUUUAAAUCACUGGGGGAUCGGGUGGCGCUGUGGGUAAAACCCAGUGCCUAGGACUUGCCGAUCGUAUGGUCGGCGGUUCGAAUCCCCGCGGCGGGGUGAGCUCCCAUCGUUCGGUCCCAGCUCCUGCCCACCUAGCAGUUCGAAAGCACCCUUAAGUGCAAGUAGAUAAAUAGGGACUGCUUUACAGCGGGAAGGUAAACGGCGUCUCCGUGUGCUGCGCUGGUGCUGGCUCGCCAGAGCAGCUUUGUCACGCUGGCCACGUGACCCGGAAGUGUCUUCGGACGGCGCCGGCUCACGGCUUCUAGAGCGAGAUGAGCACGCAACCCCAGAGUCGGACACGACUGGCCCGUACGGGCAGGGGUACCUUUACCUUUUAAUUUAAAUCACUAGUCAACAAGACUUGAUUUAAAUCUCUUUUUUUGACAGAAAGGCUUAUUCUUGCUGGUAUAAUCUUCAUAUUUAGGACCAGAUGAAGGUUUCAUUUUUGGAAUAAUAAAUUUUCAGAGUAGUUUUUACAGUUCUAUCCAAAAUGACUGAUUUGGUUAUACUAUUAGAAAUACAGUGGUACCUCUGGUUACGUACUUAAUUCGUUCUAGAGGUCUGUUCUUAACCUGAAACUGUUUUUAACCUGAAGCACCACUUUAGCUAAUGGGGCCUCCCGCUGCUGCUGCGCGAUUUCUGUUCUCAUCCUGAGGCAAAGUGCUUAACCCGAGGUACUAUUUCUGGGUCAACGGAGUCUGUAACCUGAAGCGUAUGUAACCUGAAGCGUAUGUAACCCAAGGUACCACUGUACAUAGACAGAUAAUUAUGAAAUUAAGGCGAGGUUUAAUAAGUUAACUGUUUAUAGUUGGACAACCUUUCUGCUGUACUUUUAUUGAAAGGAGAAAAAUAAACAUGUCCUUAAUAACAUUUUAAACAAUUUAUUUAACUAAAACAAUAAAAUUAUAGCAUAUGCAUUCAUGUUUGUUAACUGAUGUGGUUAUUUUUUUAAAAAAAAACACACACACACCUUAGACUGAGUUUUAGCACACAUGAAAAACUUAAAACAAAUCCUUAUUUCCUGAUGAAAUAUAGCCUUUGGACUAUAAUGUAACUUAAAUAGAAAACUACCUUUCAAAAGAUUUUUCCUCCAAAAGCAUUUUAUUUUAAAAAUCCAAUUUAAAUAAAAAAAACCACCCCAAUUUAAAUUUAAAAAUCUGAUUUUUAAAAAAUCAUUGAUUUUUAUCCACCCCGGUUUCAAAUCACAUUUUGUGCAGUAUUGCCUCCCAAAUUGCUUCAUAGCCGUAUGCAAGAAUGCAACUAUAAAACUUUUUUAAAGGGGGAGGGAAACCCCACUGCAAUUGUUUUUCUCUUAUCCCCAUUCUGUGAAAGAGGAACUGUGUCAAACCUUUGGCCGAUCAUAUCUGUUUCACUGGGUAUGUUACAGACCUUGGUGAAAUAUGGACCAAAAUAUGCUUUUUGUAAAUACAGUUGCACCUUGGAAGUCGAACGGAGUCCGUUCCGGAAGUCCAAUCGACUUCCAAAUGGUUUGCAAACCAAAGCGCAGCUUCUGAUUGGCUGCAGGAAGGACCUGCAGCCAAUUGGAAGCUGCAGAACCCACAUCAGGUGUUUGGGUUCCAAAGAACAUUUGCAAACUGGAACACUCAUUUCCGGGUUUGCAGUGUUUGGAAGCCAAAGCGUCCAAGUACCAAGGCGUUGGGGAUCCAAGGUAUGACUGUACAGUGGUACUUCGGGUUACAUACACUCCAGGUUACAUACGCUUCAGGUUACAGACUCCGCUAACCCAGAAAUAUUACCUCGUGUUAAAAACUUUGCUUUAGGAUGAGAACAGAAAUCGUGCUCCAGUGGCGCGGCGGCAGAGGAGGCCCCAUUAGCUAAAGUGGUGCUUCAGGCUAAGAACAGUUUCAAGUUAAGAACGGACCUCCGGAAUGAAUUAAGUACUUAGGGACGCGGGUGGCACUGUGGGUUAAACCACAGAGCCUAGGACUUGCCGAUCAGAAGGUUGGUGGUUCGAAUCCCCGCGACGGGGUGAGCUCCCGUUGCUCGGUCCCAGCUCCUGCCGACCUAGCAGUUCGAAAGCACAUCAAAGUGCAAGUAGAUAAAUAGGUACCGCUCCGGCGGGAAGGUAAACGGCAUUUCCGUGCGCUGCUCUGGUUCGCCAGAAGCGGCUUAGUCAUGCUGGCCACAUGACCAGGAAGCUGUACACUGGCUCCCUCGGCCAAUAAAGCGAGAUGAGUGCCGCAACCCCAGAGUCGGUCAUGACUGGACCUAAUGGUCAGGGAUCCCUUUACCUUUACCUUUACCACUGUAUUGGCAGUUGUGGGGGUAUGUGUGUAUGUGUGGAAACCUUAAUUCUGUUUCAGCAGCUUUUCUCUUUCCUUUUAAAAAAGACUUGGGCCCGAGGAUUUCAAGGAGUUGUGGAUGUCAGCGAUGUCAAGGAGGUGUACUUGGAGCUGCUUAAGAAAGGAGUCGAGUUUCCAUCCUUGGGAAGCAACAAUGGGACCAAGAAGGUAGGAAUACUCUUGUGGCACUUCCCCGAUUGGAAACAGGAUAUUAUCCUUGCAAAAUCUGCAUGUGUGGCAGAGUUGUGCCGGUUAAUUAAAAAACAAUAAUGCACAUUUGACAGUGAUUUCCAUGCUUAGGAAACCAGUCAUACGUUUCUGCCUUGGAGCAUUUAAAAAUCUGAGAGUGGGAGGAAUUGUUUUUUUGAAACAGGAAAUGUUGAGGUUGAGGUGCUUAAAACUGCCCACGAGAUCCAGAAUCCCAGUUUCAUCUCUGUGGGUUAAUGCAAAUGUAGGCAUCCGGAUUGCCUUCUGGGCUUUGUAAAUUUCCGCCAAAAUAAAAACAAAUCUUGACACGUGCAGGCAAAGCACAAGGCAUAUUUGGAAGGUAGGAUAGGAAGGAGGGAAGAGUGUAAAAUUGGAUAUAAAGCACAUUAUGGACUUAAAAAAAGAAAGUAAGGAGCCUUUUACUUUAAAAUGAGGCUGCAUUUUAAUGUUUUAAUGUUGUAGUUCAAUCUUGUUUUUUAAGUUGUAUUUCAAUCAACUUGUUUUUAUUAUUGUUUGUUAGCCCGGUCUUGGCUGGGGAGGGCAGGGUAUAAAUAAAAUAUGUUGUUGUUGUUGUUGUUGUUAUCCAGGCUUCAUGGUGACUGGGAAAUAACCUCACAGUUUUUUACCUGAUUAACUUAGGCACAGAAUAGAAUGCAGAAUAAUAUUUAUUUGCCAAGUGUAGUACUAAUUUCUCAUUUUAAGUAUUGUAGAGUAUGGAGUUAUGCGUGCCCCUGAGCCAAGGCAGCCCUGUAUAGGGAAGUUUUUUUUUUUUAAUGUUUAAUGUUUCGUUAUGUUUUUAUAUAUGUUGGAAGCCGCUCAGGCAGAAGCCCAGCCAGAUGUGUGGGGCAUAAAUAAUAAAAUAGGAGUAGUAGUAAUAAGAAUUCUUGCUGUUGUUAAAUAGGGCGUCCCUGUUUUCAUUGGAGGGUAUGAAACAAUAUAACGGGUUUAUGGUUCCCCAAACAACAACACCCUAAUAUCUUAUUGCAUUGUGUAUCCACAGCCUUUGCCUCCGGUCUCCACAAAAGCAUCAUACGGUAGUCCCAGGAGGGGCAUUUUAGGAUCCCAUCCCCCAUCUACAGUCAUAACACUGAUUCCCGAACAGGUAAAGUGCCACUAUUCUUUUUAAUAUUUUGCAACUCAAAGAGUUCAUUGUCAUAACCCGCUGGCUUGACACUGGAGCUUCUAAAUCUUUUAUUUACUUACAGUAGCUGUACGUAAAUACAGCUGGAUAGCUUAGAACAAUAACCCACCGAAAAUGUGAUGGCAAUCAGCAGAACAAUAAAAAAAAAACUACAUAAAUAUAUUAACGGCAGCAAGGAAAACAGUAUAAAAAAUACCUUUAUCUGGCACCGAAAGGAGUAUAGGGCAGGCACCAGGCGGUUCUAUAAGAGGGCAUUCUAUAAGAGAGUAAAAAGGUAAAGGUAAAGGACCCCUGACAGUUAAGUCCAGUCGCAGAUGACUCUGGGGUUGUGGCGCUCAUCUCGCUUUACAGGCCGAGGGAGCCGGCUUUGUCUGCAGACAGUUUUUCCGGGUCAUGUGACCAGCAUGACUAAGCCACUUCUGGCGAACCAGAGCAGUGCACGGAAAUGCCGUUUACCUUCCCGCCAGAGCGGUACCUAUUUAUCUACUUGCACUGGUGUGCUUUUGAACUGCUGCCCAGAGUGGCUGGAGCAACCCAGUCAGAUGGGUGGGGUAUAAAUAGUAAAAUUAUUACUAUUAUUAUGGAAUAGGAAGUUCCUAUUUUCACCAGGGAAGUGUUGGAGGGUAUGCAAUGUUUAUGCAUUCUCAUAGAGAAUCUGUGUGGCACUUAAUCCCUGAUGCGUGCAUUUAGGAUUGCAGCCUUAGUUCAGCAUUGAAUUUUCUAAUGGGGUAGCCAAAGGCCCUAAGAAACUUACAACCAGAUAUAAUAAUAAUAGUAAUAAUUUUGUUAUUUAUUCCCUAUGCAUCUGGCAUGGUAAACCAGCCCUGCAAUAGAUAUGUCUCACGCUGCAAAGCUGGCAGGACUUUCAGAGCCCAAACCACGACAUGCAAAAUAAUUUUUGCCUUGUAUUUUGCUGCGUUAUGGUCCUGAACAGAUUGGAAAGCUGUACAGCGAACUGGAUAUGGUAAAGAUGAACGUGAGGGUCAUGUCAGCCAUCCUGAAGGAAAACGUCCCUGGAUCAGAAAAACCAGAUGAUAUGGAGCUUCUCCAGGUAUAGUAUGCCCUUUUGCUGGGAUAGUUAAUGAAAAGCAAAAGUGUGUGUGGGUGUAUUACAAGAUUGUUAUUGUACUUCACCAGAUCUUAACCUAUUACAGUAUUUGUAGGAAUGGAUUCCAAAUAUAAUUGAAUUUGUCCAUGGAAAGUCUGUGUUUAUAUGCAAGUUGUUCAUAUCUUGCAAGUCUGUCUAAGUCUUCAAUACAGUCGUAGAAGGGAGCUGCGGUUUUAUUUUUGCAAUUCAUCAGUAUCAGUCUUUUUGCUGUGAUAAGGGCAUUGAGAAUCCACUUGCGUUGUACUUUUGUAAGGUUCCAUGUUCUGGGUAUAUAAUUCAAGAGGAUAUUUUGCUCUGUAAAUGUAAGGUUGUUCCACACAGUUCUGUUGAUGGUUUCAGUUACCUUUUCCAAAAAUCUUUCAAUAUAGCACAAUGGAAAAACACAUGUUUUAGAGGAGCAUUAUACCAUUGCAUCUCUAACAGUUAGAUACAGUGGUACCUCGGGUUAAGUACUUAAUUCGUUCCGGAGGUCCGUUCUUAAGCUGAAGCACCACUUUAGCUAAUGGGGCCUCCUGUUGCUGCCGCGCCACCGGAGCACGAUUUCUGUUCUCAUCCUGAAGCAAAGUUCUUAACCCGAGGUAAUAUUUCUGGGUUAGUGGAGUCUGUAACCUGAAGCGUAUGUAACCUGAAGCGUAUGUAACCCGAGGUACCACUGUACCUUAAAGGGUAAAGGGACCCCUGACCAUUAGGUCCAGUCGUGGCCAACUUUGGGGUUGCGGCGCUCAUCUCGCUUUAUUGGCCGAGGGAGCCGGCGUACAGCUUCCGGGUCAUGUGGCCAGCAUGACUAAGCCGCUUCUGGCGAACCAGAGCAGCACACAGAAACGCCGUUUACCUUCCCGCUGGAGCGGUACCUAUUUAUCUACUUGCACUUUGACAUGCUUUCGAACUGCUAGGUUGGCAGAAGCAGGGACCGAGCAAUGGGAGCUCACCCUGUUGCAGGGAUUCGAACUGCCAACCUUCUGAUUGGCAAGUCCUAGGCUCUGUGGUUUAACCCACAGUGCCACCCGCGUCCUGUUAGAUACCUUAGCUAGCCCUUUUUAAAAAACAAAUGUAAUAGCGUCCAAUGUAUUCCAAAUAUUAUUUUUUGUUGUAUGAGCCUCAGUUUAAGCUCCAGAGGCACCCUUGCUAUAGCAGUUUAAACAGUAGUUAAUGAAAAGCAAAUGUGAUGGAAUAUGUGGAAUCUCAAGGCAUUAAUUUGCACUCUGGAUUAUCAAGGAGUGGGACCCAGCACCAGUGUCUAGUUUCCCUCGCAAGACGAAAUGAAUGGUGCCUCGCAAGACGAAAUUAAUCCGUUCCGCGAGUCUCUUCGUCUUGCGGUUUUUUCUUCUUGCGAAGCACGGCUAUUAGCGGCUUAGCGGCUUAGCGGCUAUUAGCGGCUUAGCGGCUAUUAACGGCUUAGCAGCUUUAAGAAAAAGGAAACAAACUCGCAAGACAUUUUGUCUUGCGAAGCAAGCCCAUGGGGAAAUUCGUCUUGCGGAAUGACUCAAAAAACAGAAAACUCUUUCGUCUUGCGAGUUUUUCGUCUUACGAGGCAUUCGUCUUGCGGGGCACCACUGUACUGGGGUGGAACACUGGGUGCUGCCACCAUGGGCAGCUGUGGGGACAGGCAGGGGCAGCCAGCCUAGGACUGUGAGAAAACCCCCAGGUAAAGUAACUGCAGCUACCAUCUUGAUUUCUCCAGAGUUCUAGAGUGGGGUCCAGAGAUAGUCUAGGGAAAUUAAGAUGGCAGUGUCUGCAGCCCCUUGGCCCAUUCCCGUUCCUCUUAAUCUGUGCCAGUUCUAAAAUGUAAAAAGAGAAGAAGAAAAGGUUUAAAACAGGGGUGUCCAAACUUUUCUCAAAGAGGGCCAGAUUUGAUGAAGAGAACAUGCAUGAGGGCCGACCAGGGAUGUUGACAUUUCUUUUUAGAAUUGGAGUUAUUGGGGGGUUUUGGGAUUUCCCCCCAAAGUUGUUGAGGUUUUUUUAGGAUUGAAGUUGCCCCAAAUCGACCAGCGGCUGGACUUUGGGCAUUCCUGGUUUAAAAGAACCGAAGAGAUCCCAGCAUCAGAGAAUUAUUUCUCUCAGAAUCGAAAUGGGUCAUCAGGUUUAAAAACAAAGCACAAACCCAUUUUAAAACAAACAAAUCACAAUCUCUUUUUUUCUUUUUAAAGCAAAUUACAUGCCCAUUUUUAAACAAACUUUUUGGUUAAUAGUUGUAUACCCAGACUCCUUUUGCACCCGUCUACCACAGAUGGAAUCCAUAAUGAAGAAAACCACGCUACAUGGAGUGGCUUUAAAUGUAAACAAAUUAUUUGGGAGAUUUCCUGCAGAACUGAUUUCUGUUUUGUAACACAACCUAAUCCUUAAUAAAAACUUUUUUAAAAUUUUUGAAAUUCUGGGAGGUAGUCUUGGAAAAGGAAGGGGGAAAGGGAGAUUUCCCUAAUAAUAUCUUUCCUUGUCAAGAGAAAAUCCCGUCCAAGGCUUUUUCUUUGAGCACUUCAGUAAUGGGAAAAUGUUUUUGCCAAACCCAGUGGCUCUAGAUAGUAUAAUGUGGAUUUCCAUAAACAGAUGAAGCCUUCAUACUAUUCUCUCCUAAUGCCAAGUGCAUGUAAAAAAAGUAAUUGUUUUCUCAAAAACACUGCAUAUACGACUAGAUUCCACCAAUACUGUCUGACUUGGCUCCUUUUUAAAGCUGCCCUUCCUACUUAUUUUAUUAAACAUUUACAACACGACGCCCCAUAAAGAUUUGGCCAUGUAUGGAAAUCUAAGGAACUGUUUUGGGCAAUACAAAAUAUCAAUUUCAGAGAAGAAAAACGGGCACUUCUCCAAAACACCCCCUCAAGCAAAACACCUAAGGCAUAUACCGUAUUUUUUGCUCUAUAAGACGCACCAGACCACAAGACGCACCUAGUUUUUGGAGGAGGAAAACAAGAAAAAAAAUAUUCUGAAUCUCAGAAGCCAGAACAGCAAGAGGGAUCAUUGCGCAGUGAAAGCAGCAAUCCCUCUUGCUGUUCUGGCUUCUGGGAUAGCUGUGCAGCCUGCAUUCGCUCGAUAAGACGCACACACAUUUCCCCUUACUUUUUAGGAGGGGAAAAGUGAGUCUUGUACAGCAAAAAAUACGGUAUUACCAUUUGCUGAAAUGGCAAAAUUAACUGGGAAGCUCAGAAACCAAGAGGACAAGAAAUUAAAAAAAGAAUGGGGGGAAAUUAUAAUUUAUUUAGGAGACCAUUGUAAAGAGAUGAAAAAAUUAGCAGGAUUUUAACCGCGCUUGUAAAGUAACAAGAACUAUGGACAAUUUAGAUGGGUAAAAAAUUUGGAUAACUGAUUGAUAUGCAGUUGUAAAUAUUGUCACUAGGACCCAUGGAGGGGAUGGAAGGAAGUCUCGAGAUUCGGAGUAAUCUCUUUAUAUGGUUUCUUGAUUGACUUUGUUAACUGUUUAUAUUCUUUAAAAUUAUAUUAAAAAUAUUUACAAAGAAGAGAAAACCUUAAUACACACACACACACACACACACACACACACACACAGGGGUUGGGCUAUUGACAUUCACUGACAAAACCAUGGUGGGGAAUCCAGAUUUACAGCAUGAAUCCCGUUUCCCUUCAACGCCUUUUGAUAAUAUUAAUGGGAUGAAUUUUCCACGUUUGUGUGGCUUUUGCUAUGCCCUCAUGUGGCAAGAUCUGGUACUUGUGGUAUGAGGGCAUGAGUUUCACUCUUGUAGUAAAAUGCCGGAUCUCUCUCGCCACAUGAAGGUGCAUUUGGAGGAAUUAAAUCACCACACAAAAUCGUUGUGGUAAGCCAACUCAUAACAGAAACGGUAGUUGCUCCAGAAAGCCACGUGAGACAUGAGCCUGAAGAAAUGAUCUGUGGGAGAGCUGUGUGGCAUAAAUGCCGUCUCAAGAGCCCAAAGAUAACAUCAUUGGGUUGGAUGCAGUCUUAGUCAGAGGGAACCCACUGGAAUCAAUAGGAGGAACCUGAAUAGUAUCCAUUUCAAUGGAUGAUCUCUAAGUCUGACAAAGGCUAAAUCAAACUCAUUGUUUCCUCUUUUAUUUUUGUCUGCUAUUUUCAGUUUCCUUUGUACUUAUUUAUUCAAAGAAUUCGUCUAUUGUCUCAUCGAUAUCCAGGAGGCAGGUAGUUAAUUUGAAGCUGCUUCCCCUUUCCCCCUUUACUGUGUACAACUGAGAUGUCUAGAGAUCUCACAUCUUACGGAUUUAAAACUCUGAGAAGAUACACUUCACUACUUUGUAAAUCUGUGGGAGGUGCUGGGAAUCUGUCCAUUCCCAUGGAUAAGUUUAGAAUCAGCCUUGUUUCUCAAAAGAGAUUAAGUUUUUUUGCUCUUAGGAAGUCAGAGAUGGGUGUGUACGUGGUGGUUUUUUUAUAUUAUACUGUAUUUUUCGCCCCAUAGGGCGCACCGAUCCACAGGGCACACCUAGUUUUUUUUGGGGGGGGAAAUAAAGGGGGGGGAAUUAUUUCCCCCCCAGGCGCGGGGCUGGGGCAGGGGAAGCCCGAACUUCCCCCGACCCCAGCCCCCAGAACAGGCUGCUAUCCGCAAGCCUAAGGAGCCCGGCGGGAAGUCGCGCCGGUCUCCCCAGGCUUGCGGAGAGCUGCGCGAAGCCCAGGGCACGCUCUUCAGAGCGCCCCAGGCUUCGGAAUGCAGGCAGCUCUGCGCAGCCCUUGGGAGACCGGCGCGAGUCGCGCCGGUCUCCCAAGGGUUGCGCAGAGCUUCCUGAAGCCUUGAGAGUGAGAGGGUCGGUGCGCACCGACCCUCGCUCUCCAGGCUUCAGCGAAAGCCUGCAUUCGCCCCAUAGGACGCACACACAUUUCCCCUUCAUUUUUGGAGGGGGAAAAGUGCGUCCUAUAGGGCGAAAAAUACAGUAAUUUAGGUUGUGAACCGCCCUGAGAUUUGUGGGUAUAGGGCGGUCUACAAAUUUAAUAAACAACAACAACAUUACUUAGUGUGUUAGGUCGACAACAACAACAACAUUAAUUAGUGUAUUAGGCUCCCAAUAUCUGGAAGGCCAUCUCCAUCUCUAGUGACCUUCUCUGGCAUUAAGAUGUGCAGAGGGGAAUAUUUUGGUAGCGCCAUCACUCUCAGAUGUGUGGAGAAUGGUGUCCUGGGAAAGAAUCUUCUUUGGCAGCCCCUGAAUUGUGGAACUAUCUCCCCACAGAGAUGCAUCCCAAAUCUUUAUUGUACAGAUUUCACUGUGUGCCGAAGACGCAACCUCUGUAUCCUGACCUGCAGCGUGAAAGGGCUGCAUCCUAUUAAGUCCUACUCAAGAGUAGACCCGCUGGAAUUAACAAACCGAACUUGGUUGUGACUGUUAACCUCAGUAGGGCUCAGAAGCGCCAACUCCAUGGGACUGAGGCCUCUAGGUAAAGGUAAAGGGAUCCCUGACCAUUAGGUCCAGUCGUGACCGACUCUGGGGUUGCGGCGUUCAUCUCACUUUAUUGGCCGAAGGAGCCGGCGUUUGUCCGCAGACAGCUUCUGGGUCAUGUGGCCAGCAUGCCGAAGCCGCUUCUGGUGAACCAGAGCAGCGCACGGAAACGCCGUUUACCUUCCCGCCGGAGCAGUACCUAUUUAUCUACUUGCACUUUGACGUGCUUUCAAACUGCUAGGUUGGCAGGAGCUGGGACCGAACAACAGGAGCUCACCCUGUCACGGGGAUUCGAACCACCGACCUUCUGAUCGGCAAGUCCUAGGCUCUGUGGUUUAACCCACAGCGCCACCUGUGUCCCUACUGAGGCCUCUACAGGCCCCCAAAUGUCUGCUGGGCCAGGGCUCACCUCUUUCCCAAUCUUGAGGGGACACAGGAGGCCGCGAGACAUUGGGAGACACUAAACAAACCUAGUAAGCCUCUCCCGAUGUGACAGUUGUCACGCACGCAUGAUGUCACACAAUGUGCGAUGCACGUGACGUCAGCCCCCCAAUGUUGGGCGCAACUCAGUGCUUGCGGUAGGGCUACUCUUGAGUGGGAUUAGCAUUUGAUACAACCCAAGGUAUUUUGCCGGAUUCAUACUGUUCUGUUCGAUUUAGAAUAGCUCUGCUUAUUUUAGAAUGGUCAUGAUUUCAUAAUUGUAUAUUUUGUUGUUGUAACCUGGCCUUGUACCUUAUGGUGAAUGGCGGUUAGCAAACCUUAUAAACGAAUAAACAGGGAAGGUCUGCAAUCUGGUGAGUGGUGAUGCUGCCAUACGAGUUUUGCAAAUGGCCAGAAAUGCAAACUACUCACUUUUUUUUGGACACACAGUGGUGAUAGCUUAAUUUCUCUUGCGUUUUGGGGCGUUCCCGGUUUUGAUCUGGGGCUAUCGUUCCUUCCCCACCAUGCAGUUUUAAAAUGAUAUAGAGCAGUGCAAUUAACAACAUAAUGGCGCACACAGCCACCUCGUAAAAACAGCAGUAAAAAAGAGCAAGCCAAUUAUAUGCACUGAUUUAUUGUAGUUUAUCUGUAGAAACUCCGUUUCCUCCCACGCAUGCAUCUUUUAUAGGUUGGCUUUUGUUUGUUUGUUCCUUCCGCCAAAGCUGAAGGAUUCUUUCUCGGAUAUGAAUUGCCUGCAGUUUUGUUUUGUUUUUGUAAAAACAACUCAUACAACCUUUUCUAAAGCAUCUCCAAGCUUCUGGCCUUUGGUGAUUUGGAGCUAUUUUCUAACCUUGAGGCACACCUCAAGGCUGUCGCAGCAUUAGGUUGACACCAGGUGUUGUGAUGUGAUGUCAUGUUGUGUUUUGUUUUUAACAAUGAGACUCAUUAAUGGAGGACAUGAUGGCUAAACACGAGAACACCAUUAAUGGUUACCAGAUGCUAUGCCAUAGCUGUCAACUUUUCCCUUUUCUUGUGAGGAAUCCUAUUCAGAAUAAGGGAAUUUCCCUUAAAAAAGGGGAAAUGUCUAUGCUAUGCAUAAGCAAUAAUCAGGGAUGGGGAUACUGUGACCCUCUCAGAUGUUAGGUAAAGGGUAAAGGGACCCCUGACCAUUAGGUCCAUUCGUGGCCGACUCUGGGGUUGUGGUGCUCAUCUCGCUUUAUUGGCCAAGGGAGCCGGCGUACAGCUUCUGGGUCAUGUGGCCAGCAUGACUAAGCCGCUUCUGGCGAACCAGAGCAGCACAUGGAAACGCCGUUUACCUUCCCGCCAUAGUGGUACCUAUUUAUCUACUUGCACUUUGACGUGCUUUCAAACUGCUAGGUUGGCAGGAGCAAGGACUGAGCAACGGGAACUCACCCCGUCGCGGGGAUUUGAACUGCUGACCUUCUGAUCGGCAAGUCCUAGGCUCUGUGGUUUAACCCACAGCGCCACCCGCAUCCCUCUCAGAUGUUACUGGGCUACAAUUUCCACGGCCCCCCUGACCACUGGCCCUGUUUGUUGGGGCUGAUGGGAGUUGGGACUCCAACAUCAUUUAGGGGGCCACAGGCUCCUUGCUCCUGUGAUGAAGGAUGGCUGUCCUCAUCAUGCUGUACUUGUUACUUUUCCAAGAAGAUGAUGAUAGAUGAGAGAGAGAGAGAGAGAGAGAGAGAGAGAGAGAGAUCUGCUGAAAAUAGAGUGGACAUCUCCAUGUUCAGAGACUGUAUAAGUCACAGUACUAAAUCCUGUUUACUUCUUGUGCUGGGGCUCCUCAGAAGGAUCUGGUUGGGCUCCGUAGGGAACAGGAUGGUGGUGUAAAUGGUCUGGCUCUCAAGCUUCCUCUGUUUAGAAUGGCCAACAUAUAAUGUCUUACAGUGGUACCUCGGGUUACGGACGCUUCAGGUUACAGAUGCUUCAGGUUACAGACUCCACUAACCGAGAAAUAGUACCUCAGGUUAAGAACUUUCCUUCAGGAUGAGAACAGAAAUCGUGCUGCGGCGGCAGUGGGAGGCGCCAUUAGCUAAAGUGGUUUCUCGGGUUCAGAACAGUUUCAGGUUAAGAACGGACCUCCAGAACGAAUUAAGUUCUUAACCAGAGGUACCACUGUAUUGAGAAACAAAGUAGGCCUGUGGCAACUCAACUCCAGAUAACCCAAGCAGUUGAGCCAAUCUGCAGGACACAGUAGCAGAAAACAGAUUUGACCAAUUGUCCCCAGGCAACUGCUUCAGAAAAAGAAGACUCUGGGAAGACUCACUGAAAUCAAUAGAUAUGUUAGUCAGUUGCUGGUUUUACUUCUCAGAGUAGGAGAAUUCCUUGCGCACACAAUGGCCUGAUUCAGACAGCCCCGGUACAAUGAAGAAACUCAUCUGAAGGAUUUCCAGGGCAGAUUGUGGAGAGGGCAAAGACUUAUUCCUUGUGUAUUGUCCUUCUUUAUGGUAGUCGCCUGUAUCCAAAAAGAAACCCAGGGAAGAGGAUAUAGCCUUCCUUUUUUAUUGCAUCUGCUUUUAGGGCAGAUCAGUGCAGGACCAAGACAUUUUGGUGCCCAGGCAAAGACUACACACUGGGAGCCAGUGUGGUGUAGUGGUUAAGAGCGGUAGUCUCGUAACCUGGGAAACUGGGUUCGUGUCUCCGCUCCACCACAUGCAGCUGCUGGGUGACCUUGGGCUAGUCACACUUCUCUGAAGUCUCUCAGCCCCACUCACCUCACCGAGUGUUUGUUGUGGGGGAGGAAGGGAAAGGAGAUUGUUAGCUGCUUUGAGACUCCUUAGGGUAGUGAUAAAGCGGGAUAUCAAAUCCAAACUCCUCCUCCUCCUCUUCUUCUUCUUCUUCUUCUUCUUCUUCUUCUUCUUCUUCUAUAUUUGCUUUCCCCUUCCUUUCUAAGUCCCAAUGAAGGAACCUGCUUCACCUUGCUAGCCCUGUAUGUGGUCACCAGAGCAGUGAAGAGCCUCUGAUUGUGUGCCUUGGAUACAAACAAUGUGUAUUUGACGCCCGCUGUUUUUGCCCUUCAAAUGCUGAUAGCAAAUGUCUUUCCUUUCAUCCCAUGGCAGAAGCUCUAUAAGACGUGUCGGGUAAUGCAAGAGAGAAUUAUGGAACUGCUAGCAACUGUGCAGAAUGAAGACGUGAUCACAGAACUGAUACAAGUGAAUGAAAAUCUGAAUAAUGUCCUACUGGGACAUGAAAGGUAAAGCUGUUCUAUAUAUACUGGGGACUCGUUGCUUAUAUAUACACAGGUUAUGCCAGUUUCAGGGGUGGGGAAACUUGCCCUUCCAACUCUCAUCAGCCCCAGCCAACAUUGGCUCAACGGUCAUGGAUGAUGGGAGUUGUAGUCCAACAAUAUUUGAAGGGCUUACAGGUUGCCUGCUCCUGCAAUAAAAAAGUUGUGAUUGAGCUAACAAAAGAGCUUUGUCCCCUUGCAGUGUUCCUUGGGAGUAGGCCUCAUGUACACUUUCCCCUUCUGCUUUGGAGAGAAGUGAAUGUCUGAACCAGUGGAACCUAUGCUUGGCUGGUGACCAUAGGAUCUCAUCCUGACCAUGCAAUAUUUGCCUCUCAGCGACUGCAGAGUCUGGCAUUCCCAUUGUUCAGUUCACUUCCCACCCCACAGCAAGGAGCAGGGGAGAAAGCCUCUGGCCUACUUCUGAUCCCACCCUCGGGAGAGGUCCUUCAGGAGAAAAUCUCUGAAUAGACUAAGUUACAAGUCUCUAUUGUGAUGCUUACGUUAUUUUCUGUGUCCGUUUAGGUUUCUUUUGAGACACAAUUCUCUGGAGAGAAGCGAACAUUGUUGCUUGCCUGUUAAUCCAAGUGGCACAAUGCAAUUCUUUCCCUUGGCACAUGAACGCUGUCCAAAUGUAAUGUUUUCGUUAUAGAAUAAAUAAAUAAGCAAUCAAAAGAUAAAAUAAAAGAUAAAUAGAAAUUGGCCCCAUUACUCAAGCGCCCUAGAAUAAUGGGACCAAUUUCUUUCUUACUGUUUUCUCUUUGGCUUGUUUAUUUAUUUUGAAACAAGCAAGCACCCAUUCUUGACUGAUGGGGCUAAUUUCUCUUCCCUCUGGGAGGGUUUUCUUGUAAGAAGAAACAUUGGCAAAAGCUGGAAGCAGGCAAGCUAAAAAAAAUCCAUAACCAUCUUCCUUGCUAGCUGAGGUUAUAAAAAGGAGGAAAAGAUAAUAUCCCCUCAAGGUCUGCUCAAAGACUGUGAGCUUUGCCUCCUUGGUGAUUCUCAAUUGACUGGCCAUCUCUGGAAUAUGGCAAACAUUGCAUACACAUCUUUCCGUUGUUCAUCGUAACUGCAUGGCUUGAAACGCAGGUACUGACCGUACCAUUUCAUACAGGUUCUCUCGAAACAGAGUACGCUUCUUGGAGAAUCAAAGGAUUCAGAACGAAGGUGCAGGGGUAAGUAAUUAACAGCCCGUCCUCUAGCCUGGAAAGAGCCUUCUUUUGCUAGGACAAGAAUUCUGGAACCUCUGAUGCUGUUAGAUUCUUGGGUCUCUUGAGUCAUUUUGCAACGUUUAUAGUUCAUGCCUUCUAAGUCUAGGCAUGUUGACUCAGAAGCAAGUCAGAAGCUAAGCUUGGUGGUGCUUACUCCUAUGUAAGUGUGCGUAAGAUUGCAGUGCGUAAGAUUCAGUGUUCCAAGGAUGACAAAGCAUAACUUGCUAGUUCACCCAUUACAGAGCAAGUAGCCAAAUAUGUCUGGGUGGUGGAUGGGGGAGGAAUCAUUCAUUGUGUGUGUGUGUGUGUGUGUGUGUGUGUGUAUAUAUAUAUAUAUAUAUUAGUCCACUGAAAAGCGGCUGCAAAAGAAAAGUGGGGAAGCAGGGAGGAGGAAACCACAAUACCAUCCCUAGUGCUUCUUACACAAUUCUUGCUGAAGAUAAUUCUCUUAAUGAAUUUUGGCUGCACUUAUCUUGAACUGUGAAGUGUUCUUCAGGAUCAAUACAAAAUUAUAUCCCGCUCAUUCUAUUACUUGAUCUGAGAACCUUCAGAUUUUACAGAUAUAGCCGGUGAAUCAUAGAUGGUCACACUGGUGACUUGAGGAGACCCUUACCACCAGCCAAGAUCUGCUUCCAUAAGAGAGCAAAAAGGACGACCUUGUUAGCAAUUGCUUGUCGCUCACUGAAUGUUCACCCUACACCUAAUAGGGAACACUAGGUAUAACCUCUGAUCUCUUUUUUUCCUUUCAAGGUCAAUGGCAACCAGCCAUCUGCUCCUUCGUGUGAUUUGCUUGACCUGGCUUCAAGCUUUUCCACGACUGUGCCAAAGCCUGGGGAAGUUGGCCCUGCAUCUCCUCAGUUUUCAGAAUUGAGUGAGUAUGGAUGUAUGUAUGUUUUAAUUUCCCUUGUGGGAAAAUAUGGAAACAGACUUAUCCUUGUACAGGUCCUAUGGAUUUGGACUGGAGAGCUGCAGUAUGGAAGAUCUCCAAGGUGUCGCACAGGAGAGAUUCUUAUAUUAUUAUUGUUAUUAUAUUUGUAUACUGUCCUAUACCUGUAGCUCUCAGGGUGAUUCACAACAUAAAAUAACAUUAUAAAAACCACAAAAUAUAUGAUAAAAACAAAUACAGUGGUACCUCAGGUUACAUACGCUUCAGGUUACGCUUCAGGUUACAGACUCCGCUAACCCAGAAAUAGUACCUCGGGUUAAGAACUUUGCUUCAGGAUGAGAACAGAAAUUGUGCUCCGGCGGCGCAGUGGCAGCAGGAGGCCCCAUUAGCUGGUGGUGCUUCAGGUUAAGAACAGUUUCAGGUUAAGAACAGACCUCCGGAACAAAUUACGUACUUAACCCGAGGUACCACUGUACAAUAAUCCACCCUCCACAACGUAUUUUAAAAGGGCAUUGAGUGUCAAUCAGCCAAAGGCCUGGUUGAAGAGGAACGUCUUUGUCUGGUGUAUAAGGAAGGCGCCAGCCGAACCUCCCUGGGGAGAACAUUCCACAAAUGGGGAGCCACUGCAGAGAAGGCCCUUUCUUGUGUUGCCACCCUCCGGACCUCUUGUGGAGGAGGAACAUGAAGAAGGGCCUCAGAAGUCCAGGAAGGUUCAUAGAGAGGCAGUCCUUGAGAUCUUGUGGUCCUGAGCCGUUUUAUAGGUCAAAAUCACCACUUCCCUCUUAUUAUUGUUAGGAAAGUGCUGUAGCUCAGUGUUAGAAAGUCUCUGCUUUGAAAUCAAGAGGCCCCAAUUCAGUUUCCAGCAACUUCAUGCAGGGCCAGGAAUAUCUCCUGUGUGCAACCUUGGAGGUCUGCCUCCAGUGUAGAUGGAGCUAGAUGGACCAAGUGGUCUGACUCUACCUGUUUUCUUCUCAGAUGCAUUUCAGACACCAUACUUAAGAGAUGCAGACUGUGACCUAGAAGCCAGAGGCACAUACAUGGAGGGAAAGUACAGGCAGUUCCACCUUUGGGUGUUUUGGAUCACUAGCAUUGUUCCUGUACGCAUCAGUAGCCAAAAUUCUCCACUUCGCAUGGGGAACUCUGGCUUAAUUGAAGCCCGAAUCUUUGCGCCAGAGCUGGCAUAUGAAGGGAGGAAGCGAGGGAGGAGUGCUCAGUCCCAACACGCAUUACCAGCUUGGUGAACCAUGGCUUAUAAAGCCAGGAAUGAUCAUCUGAAGAAGGCUGUUGCGAACUGAACUUCACAUGAACUCCCAAAUGGUGACUGGAUAAUAGAAGACACACAUCCCCACCUUGAGUUUAUUUGAAAUAAUGUGUUGCUGAAUUCUGCUUAUUGAUCUAUAUCCUGGGCCAAUGUCUUGAUCAGAGUUCACCACAGUGAUAUAAUGCCUUAGAACAUUGCCUAUAUUUUAUUUUUUGUGUUUUAAAGGUCUGCAGAAAAAUCACAAUCAUGCCUGUUUUUCUUUAUUUUUUUAGAUUGCCAGCCACAAAGUGUUGCUGUUCCAAGUCCCUAUCCUACUCAGCCACCACUUUACCCUCAACUGAAUUCACUCGCAACUACAAAUGCUGCACACACUCCGUAAGUAGCAGUUUUUGAAGCUAUUUAAACCUUUUAAAUGGGGUUUAAAGGAUGAUAGGCUAAGUUGAAAACCAGGACAUGGUCAUGCAAAUGUCCCAUCUCUGGAAGCUGGCAAAAAUUAAAAAGACAGGCAAACAUUUGUCAGACUCAGUACUUCAUUUUGUAAGGUAAUUUGUGGAAGGUCAGUACGGACUUUUGUGAACCGAGACAAAUUGAAAAUGCAGGGAUUUAACAAUGCAGCCAGAAGCUUGGAUGCUGGAGUUGGAAAUUUCAUGUAUGGUUCCUUGAUGGCUUCCCAUUCAUUCUUUCCUCUCCUAGGUUCACAUCAGAAGCACAAAGUACAUGCCAAAGCUUUCCAGGUAGCUCCACAUACAUCAAUGUAAGUAGCAAACUGUUUCUUAGUCCUUCUUCAGUAGCAAGUAUCACAGAGAGAUAGCUUUGCACAUGUUUUCUGUUUGCGUUUUCUGUUUCCCACCAGCCCCAGCCAGCAUGGCCAAUGGCAAUGUUCAAGGAUGAUGGGGUUUGUAGUCCCACAACUUCUGGAGGGCCACAAGUUCCCCAUCCCUGUUGGUCCAGCCGUGCAGUGUUUGUGGUGUUAGUUAUAGGGGUUAUUGGUCUUAACACUCUUACCAGUGCCAAACUUAACCUGAGUCCUUAUGCAGCUGAAGCAGUGUCAUCUGUGAACAAGAGGAAAGGAUCUUGGAGGCUCAGGAGAAUAAACAAACAAAGAUAUUUAGGAAAUAUUUAAAGAAGGGGGAGGUUCCCCAAAUGGCCCAGGGAGUACUGAGCAAUGGGUGGUCAUGGAAAUAAAUUGGCUGGAAGAGAAUUCCACUGAAGAGGAAGGUGUGGCCGAAGAAUAAGAAGAGGAAGAGAAGGAGGAGGAGGUGGAGAAGGAGUUUGGAUUUGAUAUCCCACAUUAUCACUAUCCGAAGAAGUCUCAAAGCGGCUAACAUUCUCCUUUCCCUUCCUCCCCCACAACAAACACUCUGUGAGCGGAGUGGGGCUGAGAGACUUCAGAGAAGUGUGACUAGCCCAAGGUCACCCAGCAGCUGCAUCUGGAGGAGUGGAGACGCGAACCCGGUUCACCAGAUUACGAGUCUACCGCUCUUAACCACUACACCACACUGGCUCUCAGAGGCAGAACAUGACACUUCAAAAUGUCCACUGAUCUGCUGGGAAGCAGGAGAGGCUAGCUAGGAGAGAAGGGAAGGAGCCACAGAGCAGAACUGAGGAGAGUGGAAGUUGAGGAUUUGUAGCUCUGUCUCAAAUUCUUUUCCUUCUCUGGAGGUUAUGGGCUCUUCUACCUUGGAGGUUUUAAGGCAGAGGUUGGAUAGCCAUUUGUCAUGGAUGCUUUAGCUGAGAUUCCUGCAUUGCAGGGAAUAGAUGAUACUUGGGGUCCCUUCUAACUGUACAAUUCAAUUACAGUGGUACCUCGGGUUAAGUACUUAAUUCGUUCCGGAGGUCUGUUCUUAACCUGAAACUGUUCUUAACCUGAAGCACCACUUUAGCUAAUGGGGCCUCCUGCUGCCGCCACGCCACUGGAGCACGAUUUCUGUUCUCAUCCUGAAGCAAAGUUCUUAACCCGAGGUACUAUUUCUGGGUUAGCGGAGUCUGUAACCUGAAGCGUAUGUAACCUGAAGCGUAUGUAACCCGAGGUACCACUGUAUUCUAUUGCCCUUUGCUUUAUUUCUCCUCUUCUUCUAUACCACCCUGCAUCUGCAGAUCUCAGGGCGACUCACAACAUAAACAUACAAAGUACAAAACGCAUGAUGAAAGCAAGAACAAACAAGAGCAACAAACCAACACCCCCCUCCCACAAACACAUUUAAAAGGGGUCUAGGACGUUAGUUCUCAUCCUGGGUUUCUCCAGCUGACUCCUCUUCUCUUUCCUCCUCUGAGAGGAAGGAACAUAAAAGGGGUCACUGGGGGAGUGGUGCAGGAAAAACAACUUACUCCUUAACUUAAAGAAAACAAAAGAGAUUAUUGUGGACUUUAGGAAAUGUAAACUGACUAUUCAGCCACUCAUGAUUGAGGGGAAGUGUGUGGAACAGGUCUCGGUGUUUUGAUUUCUGGGAAUGGAGUUGAGAGAUGACCUAACCUGGGGAGAAAACAGCAAAGACCUGAUGAAGAGAGCACAGCAGAGGUUAUAUUUUCUGAGAAUCCUCCGGAAAAAAUAAUCUCUCAAAGGACCUGUUGGUGGCAUUUUACCAUUGUACUGUUGAGAGUGUAUUAACUUAUGGUCUGUGUGUGUGGUUUGGGAGCUGCAUGUUCAGGGGGGAAAACAAAGCUGUACAGGGUUGUAAAGACUGCAGAGAGAAUAAUUGGGUGCACUCUUCCCACCUUGGAUCAAAUCCAUGCUUCCAGGUGUCAUAAGAAAGCUGCAGAGAUAGCGCAGGAUAGUGCGCACCCCAGAAAUGAUCUCUUUCAGCUUCUGCCUUCUGGAAGAAGGUACAGGGUUAUAAAGACUAGGACUAGCCGCCUGAGAAACAGUUUCUAUCCAAAUGCGAUUUUGGUUUUAAAUGCAAUGUAAGGUAGUCUCUAUGAGAGUAUAUUGUAUUUAAUUAUGGGGUAUCAGAGUUUUUAGGGGGCUAACCAGGUUGGGAUAGCUGGAAUAGCAGGCUUGUUGGUUUUGAAUGUCUGGUGUAGAUUUUUUCGAUUUUUUUCAAUUUCGUAGUUCUUUAUGGGACAAUGACAAUAAAGAUUACCGUAUCGUAUUGUAUGUGAAUAUAAAAAGGAUAAGGGGAACCACCUCAUUCCCUGGAGAGGUCAUCUCCUGGUUCAUGCCGAUCAACCUGUUUUUAAAUGUUCCAGAAGUGGGUUAUGAUGCAAGACAUAACUAUAGGAAUUGAGUGUGAGCUGCCCAUAGAGAUUUAUGUAGCUGGUAUUCGGCAUCCGUGUUUCCAUCCCCACCCCUCAAAAAACCAAAAUGUAAGAGCAAAGAGUAGAUGACAUCAGUUGUUUUCAUACACUGCCUUGAAGGUUGAACUGAGUGUGGUUUACAACAACCUUGCAGUGUAGCUAAAACAGGCGAAGGGAGGCUGGGUAAACAGGAUAUCCGCAUUCUAAAGUAAUCCUCAAAAAUGUAUUGUCUAGAGGCCAGUGAACCAACAGGCUUGCUCCAUGAGUCCGAGAGGAAAUGAGAUUCCACACACACCCCUCUUUAAACAGUACUCUCGUGGCUGUUGCAUGGCAGACAGCACUUGAAACAAGGGAGAUUGGGAAGCAGCUUGUGUUGCGACUUGUGAGCCAGCAAUUAUUAAAAACUCGCCCCCUCCCCAAGAAAUAACCCAGAGGUUACUGCAUGUCUAAGUAGCUCUGUGGAGCCCAGCUGAACCACUACAGUGGUACCUUGGUUCUCAAACUUAAUCCGUUCCGGAAGUCCAUUCCAAAGCCAAAGGGUUCCAAAAUCAAGGCACGCUUUCCCAUAGAAAGUAAUGCAAAACGGAUUAAUCCGUUCCAGUCUUUUUUAAAACAACCCUUAAAGCAGCAAUUUAACACGAAUUUUACUAUCUAACGAGACCACUGAUCCAUAAAAUGAAAGCAAUAAACAAUGUACUGCAGUCACACAAUCAGUCAGUAGCUGAACUGCGUUCCACACAGUCACAAAAAAGAGCCACAAAAAUGCAAAAUAAAUAGCAAAAACAGACAGACCUCAGCGUAACACUCAAAACGGAAGUGUGGCACUCAAAUUGGAAGCAUAACACUCAAAACAGGGCAUGUUCAGCUUACAAAAAAGGUUCUCAAACUGGAACACUUACUUCCGGGUUUGCAGUGUUUGGGUUCCAAGUUGUUUGAGUACCAAGGCUUUUGAGAACCAAGGUACCCCUGUAAACGCUUUCUGAAUCACAGAGAGAAUUGUAUUGCAAGCAGCAACAGGGUUAAAGGAUUUCUGUCUCUGCUGAUACUAACUUUAAUCCUCACAUUAAGAAGUAAACAAUGCAAGAAUAAACCAGCAUGUGAGGCUAAACCAGUUUUUUCACAAAGCUAUCUUCCUACAUACCUGAUUUAAUUCAUUUCAUUCCCUUAGGUGAACACCUAUUUAAAUCCAGUACCUGUGCAUCCUGUAAGCCUUCAGAGUAAUGGCUUGAGAGAGGUGCCCCCAGCAGGUAGGUCUAACCAACUACAGUUGACAUUACCUAAGUUGCGACUGCUUUCUUAUAUGUCAGCAGGAUUAUGUCCAACUUGGACUAUGACCUGUUUUGGAUAGGCUUCAAGACAUGCAGAUGUUAGCCAAGGUGGGAAAGUGAGACUGUGCUUUCUCAAGGGCACCAUCUGCAUUAUGCAAGCCUGAACAUGUUGGUUUAGGAUAAAUUACCGUAUUUUUCGCCCUAUAGGGCGCACCGGCCCAUAGGGCGCACCUAGUUUAUUUUGGGUGGGGGGGAAUAAAGAAAAAAAAUAUAUUUCCCCCCCAGGCAUGGGGCUGGGGCGGGGGAAGCCCGAGCUUCCCCCGACCCCAGCCCCCAGAACAGGCUGCUAUCCACAAGCCUGGGGAGCCCGGCGGGAACUCCCGUGGGCUCCCAAGGCUUGCGGAUAGCUUCCUGAAGCCUGGAGAGCGAGAGGGGUUGGUGCGCACCGACCCCUCUCGCUCUCCAGGCUUCAGCGAAAGCCUGCAUUUGCCCCAUAGGACGCACACACAUUUCCCCUUCAUUUUUGGAGGGGAAAAAGUACGUCCUAUAGGGCGAAAAAUACGGUAUUCGUUAAUUUUAUCUCUGGAGAGGCCAUGCAUGCUGGCCCGGGCCUUCCCAGCCCUAAAUGACUUGAAUAAUAAUAAUAAUAAUAAUAAUAAUAAUAAUAAUAAUUUAUUAUGUGUACCCCGCCCAUCUGGCUGGGUUUCCCCAGCCACUCUGGGCGGCUUCCAACAAAGAUGAAAAAUACACUAAAAUGUCACAUAUUAAAAACUUCCCUGAACAGGGCUGCCUUCAGAUGUCUUCUGAAUGUCAGGUAGUUGUUUAUCGCUUUGACAUCUGAUGGGAGGGCGUUCCACAGGGCAGGCGCCACUAUCGAGAAGGCCCUCUGCCUGGUUCCCUGUAACUUGGCCUCUCGCAGUGAGGGAACCGCCAGAAGGCCCUCGGAGCUGGAUCUCAGUGUCUGGGCAGAAUGAUGGGGGUGGAGACGCUCCUUCAGAUAUACUGGACCGAGGCCGUUUAGGGCUUUAAAGGUCAGCACCAACACUUUGAAUUGUGCUCGGAAACGUACUGGGAGCCAAUGUAGGUCUUUCAAGACCGGUGUUAUAUGGUCUCGGCAGCCGCUCCCAGUCACCAGUCUAGCUGCCGCAUUCUGGAUUAGUUGUAGUUUCCGGGUCACCUUCAAAGGUAGCCCCACGUAGAGCGCAUUGCAGUAGUCCAAGCGGGAGAUAACCAGAGCAUGCACCACUCCGGCGAGACAGUCUGCAGGCAGAUAGGGUUUCAGCCUACGUACCAGAUGGAGCUGGUAAACAGCUGCCCUGGAUACAGAUUUGACCUGCGCCUCCAUGGACAGCUGUGAGUCCAAAAUGACUCCCAGGCUGCGCACCUGGUCCUUCAGGGGCACAGUUACCCCAUUCAGGACCAGGGAAUCCUCCACACCUGCCCGCCUCCUGUCCCCCAAAAACAGUACUUCUGUCUUGUCAGGAUUCAACCUCAGUCUGUUAGCCGCCAUCCAUCCUCCAACCGCCUCCAGACACUCACACAGGACCUUCACCGCCUUCACUGGUUCUGAUUUAAAAGAGAGGUAGAGCUGGGUAUUGAGCCGGAAAGGGGGAUUUUAAGUAAGCUCAGCUUAAUGCGUUUUCCAGACAUCAGGGAAGAAAUAAGUGAGUUCCCUUCAGCCUUUCUCAGAUGUUGUUGAACUACAACUCCCAUCACCCCUAGGUAGCAAGGCCAGAGCUCAUGGAUGAUGGGAGUUGUAGUCCAACAACAUCUGGGGACCCACAGGUUGAGAACCGCUGCUUCAGACCAUCCUGCACAAUGUUGGGUGAUGCGAAGGCCUGGGAAAAUUAAUUUCAGCUACAGUUCUGUGUUCUAGUAAUACAUUUUACUAGGGAAGGACCGUCGCUCAGUGAAACAUGCAAAAGGCAUUCAAUCUUCAGGAAAAGCUGGGAGCAUAUUCCCUGUCUGAAAUCCUGGAGAGUUAACCUGCCACAGUUAGUGCAGAGAACCAAGCUAUAUGGGCCAUUGGUCCAAUAAGGCAACUUCCUAUGUGGUUAAAUAUAUUUGAUUCCAUAAAACCUUUUCAUGCUUGUAUUGUGCUCUUUCCUAUUGCUAUGAUCCACUUGUAUAAUUUUGCCUUACCCUCGAAUUACAGAAGAAGGUGGUAUUAAGGAUAGCUGGGACUUUGGUUGGUUAUAAUUUUACGUUAGCAAAGCAAAAUGAUGCUAACUAUUUUUUUUUUUUAAACAUCUCUGGGUUUCCUUCUUCCACAGAUGUAUCAAAAAGCAGUCCGCCUCCUCCUAAUUAUUACGAGCUAAUGGAAUUUGACCCCUUGGCUCCCAGUGACAAAACAGAGUAAGUAAUUUUGAGAAUGACUAAUUUACUGCUUGUCGAUACAGCAGAUUUAUAAUACAAUUCAGGGUGUUGGCCUCUGAAGGUAAAUGAGUGAUUAAAUUUGGCCAAAAAACCAUUCUUGGAGGCACACUUCUUGUUUAAUCAGGACUAUUUGAAAAAUAAAUAUAUUGUCGUUAGUUAAAAUACAUAUUUAAGUAAAUCCCUAGGGUUGGAUCCAGAGUAUCAUUUCUGCUAGGUGAAAGGGACAGAGAUCCAGCAGAUUUCUGCAGGACAAGGUGGGAAUUUUUUCAGGAAGCUGCAGGGGAAAGAAUUGGCAGAUAUUGCCUCCCCCUCCUGCCUCUGCUGGGAGUGUCUUGUGAUGGAAGUCCUACUAAUAGGAACUCUGGAUCCGAGCCAUGGAAAAGUAAUUACAAAGCUGAGGGCAUGGAUUCAAAGUUAGCUAAGCAGUGAGGACCUCACAGUUCUGAAGCACAUGCAGCAAAACACUGCAAAAGCAUUACAUACAAAAUCCAAAAGAGAAGAUAGAUUAACACAAUGAGCAAAAUCCACCAUUGUGUGAGCAACCCUCCAAAUCAGAUUUUGCAUGUGUGCAGGGGAGCGAAUGGUGCAUUCCCACUGCACAAAUGGAAGUCUGCUCUGCUCACACAUUUUGAGCACGGGAAACAACCCAAUUAUCUCCCUCACACAUUGAAAUUAUUUCUGUUACUAGGGAACUUGUGGGCAGACGCAUUGACCAUUCAUUUUUGCAGACAUUCAUUGAAGCUAAGUCCGUUGGGGUCAAAGAAAAUUGUUUGAAAGGCUGGAUGUGGGCUGCAGACCACGAGCUGGCCAUUCUUGCUAUGAGGAAUUGGAUACCAUGGAUAAUGAAGCAAAAUGAGUUUUAUGCUAUGUGGGGCUCAGCCCCUAGCUCUCCUGUAAUUGUUUUGUUGACUAAUCCUUGUUAUUCAUGUCACAAAAGAGUGUUUUAUCUUGUGCUUUUGAUUUCAGACCUGUAUAUGAAGAAAUUGAUGCACACCUAUUCAAAGCAAGUGUUAGAAACAACACCAGUUGUUAAAAGCAGAGGUCCAAGAGAACCAGUACUUUACCAGUACUAGAGACUAUUUUGAUGACUCAAAACCUGUCAGUUCUGUGACAAAGAAUAGGAGGACAAUUUUUGGAAGAUGAUUUGGAUACGUCACACCGUUCAUAUGAAGAGAUUCAAAACCUAUCCUCCCUUAAGUGCAUUACAUUAAGUUCAUUUGAUCGUUAAGAAUUCAAGGUUCUACUUGUGCGUAUACUUUGGACCAAAGUAUACAAAUUCUAUACAGCGUGACCCCCUCCCCUAAAAAAACCAUUCUUUCUAGGGAGCAAAAUAUCCAAGACUGUAAUUAUAAAAGAAACUUUGCACUUAGAAAAAUAAGGUACUUUUAUUUUAUGGUACAUUCUGCUUAGUUAUAAAAGCAAACAACUUUUUCCAUAGGUAGAACUACAUAAUGGAACUUGAUUUAAGUUGAUGUGCGUCAUUGUGCUAGAGGUCCAGGACCAAAUCGAGGUUCAAGCUAGCCUUCAAGCUGUUAUCUGGGAUUUAGUGCCACAUUUUGUGGGGGUGGACCUUACCCCUCUAUCCUCUCAGUAUAAUCUUUCUGUAAAACUAUUUGCUAACCAGGCACAUGGUUUUGAAAUCAGAUGUUUCAUAGCAAGUUUCUUGGUCUUCUGAUGACUAGUCACUAUAGCACUUUUCUCUAAAUAGUUUAUGUAAUCCACUCAUUGUAUCAGACUUGCACAAGCUAUUCCAAAACAGUUUUACCUUGAUUUUCGAACAGCUUAGUUCGAAAACUCCCGGACGCCGCAAACCCGGAAGUGAGUGUUCCGGUUGGCAAACUAUUUUUGGAAGCCAAGUGUCUGACAAGGCUUCUGCGGCUUCCGAUUGGCUGCAGGAGCUUCCUGCAGCCAAUCAGAAGUUGCGCUUUGGUUUCUGAACAUUUUGGAAGUCGAAUAGACUUCUGGAACUGAUUCCGUUUGACUUCCGAGGUACGACUGUAGUCUCAUGAGGGUUUGCUGUAGUAGAAGUCUUGCUCCAUUUCUGUCCUAACAUUCUUUAAAGAGCUGCACGUGUGAUGGGAAGCCACAAAUGCUCUAGUUUUCAUGGGCUUCAUUGGGAGCAGCUAAACAAGGCACUAAGCAGAUGGAUGGAGGACAGCAAGGACAUAAGCACACUCUUUAAGGUAUUUUGGAGCAACUCUGCCAUUGUUUGUUACUGUAGCUGUUUUCCACAUUAAGCAGGUACUAUUAGCAACUAAAGUUAUCUUUAAGCAGGUAAGGACAGUCACUUGGGUCAUAGGAUCAUACAAUGUAAAAGGGUGAUGGGAGGAAGUGCCUUUUUUCUGAUUUAAAGUAAAAUAUGUACUGCUCUGAGACUGUGACUGCCAAACCUAUUUAUAAUGAAUGUCAUUACAAUCAGCUGUUCAAAUCAAUGCUUGCUAACUGCAGAUGGUACAUUUUAAGUCUGAUUGCUAUGUAGUAUUUAAUUAUGUUUUACAAUUCCUAUGCUGUUUUUAUACAAUCCAAAUAAAAUGCGGUCAGAAACCAGCUAAUGGGUGGUUUCAGUAGCUGCACAACUCUCCAGUUU